AUGGCGUUCUUCCGUCUAGCUACGUACAUAGUUAUGUCCUUGUUCCUGCUUCAAACUUACGCGCAACAUGGAGGCAUGGGUGGAGGUGAUGGAGCAUCAAGUAAGUCCGUCAUUCACAUAAUCAUGUCUUUGUUUUCGGCCAAGUGUUCGCUCGCUCCCUUUGCUUGCUUUCUUCAGAUAUUUCUUUGAAUCGAUCUCAGUUAGUUGCGCCAUUUACCAAAGCGUGCGGCUGGCCGAUUUCGAGGAGUGGGCCACCAACAUUCAAAAUUCAAGAGGAAGUCUCACCCCGCCGAUCUAGGUCUUCCAUUCAGAUUUGCCGGGGAUUUGUUUGAUUUGCACAGUCAUGCAUUAUUAUUUUUUCCACCAUCAUAGGCAUAGAGUGCAUUUUUCUGUUUGAGAAGGACUUACUUUCUUAAGAUCGCAUAACACCAUCUCAGUGUGUUCCUUGAAAGUAUGUUCUCGUCCGAGUAAAUCUCGUUUUUUUUCCAGAUUGCAUUAAGUUGAGCUAGCGAAAGGCACUAUUUAAGGAGGGAAUCUACCUACAUACACUUUAACCUUUUUCACCGAGGGGUGGAGGGAAUUUUUCUCAUCUGAAAGACAUGGAAAUUUCGAGUUCCUACACGUGUAAAAUUUAUUUUUCACACUUGCGUGGGUCUUCGUGACUCAAACAAUACUCCUUUGUGAAAACAAAACCCUUCUGUGGUGUCAAAAUCGCUUUGCUGCUUGUUGGUGACAUUUGCGAGAAAAGGUGGACAAUUUCGCUUACAGGUGCUUUUAUUUGCUGCAAAAAAGACGAUAUUAUAAAUUAAGGUUGAAGUAGUUGGUACACAAACCAUUUUUGUGAUCCUUUUUCUGGUUGUGUGCGACGUAUGCUAGGAAUGUUGUUAUCUGGGAUUUCUCGUCAUUGUCACGACAUACUGUGCGUGACCACUGCUCAAUUGGUCGCAAACCAAUCGUUUCCCUGCCCCCAUCUGCUACGCAGGCCAGGAAGUGUGCUAUUCCUGUUUUCUAGACCUCUAGUUUAAAGUUUAGAGAGGGUAUUUGAAGAUGGGGGCUUACAAUGUUUCUGGACGGUAUUUUAGUUUUCAAAAAGCUGUUGAAUAUUCAAAGACCGGCUGUGGUCGUGACCUUUCGCCUUCUUGUGAAAGAAUGUGUUCUGUAAGGUAAGAAAGCAUGCGUUGUUUUGUUUUGUAGGUGUUUUUUGAAAGUUUUUUUUUCUGGAGAUAAUUGAAUGAGGAUUUCUACUGAGAAAAUGGCAACUAAGUUUGUUUGAUCAAUUAGCUCGAGAAAAAAACUAUUACGUUCGGCCGGCUCAGAGCUCAUAGCAAAAUGACGCGAUCAGGUCAAAUAUUAUUUUAUGUGCGCUCACCGGAGCUUGAAUUUACUGUAAAAAACUGAGGCAAAUUGCGUUGAAUUUCCAGCGCUUGAAGGCUGGGACAUACGUGUAUUUGAAAUGGUCAUAGAUAAUAUUAUCUUAACUUUCUUCCUUGAAUUCAAGUUUUAGUCAAUCUCCGAUGAAACAGAUACUUGUACUCUUACAGCAUGGACGCAUGGACGACCUGAUACUUUUCACUAUAAAAAGAAAAUGCUUGGUUGAAGCAUAGCUAUUACUGCCCUGUAGUUACUAAAUAAAUCAAUAACAUCAUAUUAUCGUCAAGCUUAAACUAGUAAAACCGUUUAAACUGCAAACUGAGAAAGAAAAUGAGCGAGUGCAAAGCAGAGGUUUCGUUAUAUAUCAAGAAUCGCACCGUCGUGUUCAUUGACAACUCGCUUGCAUGAUUCCGCAAAUUAAUGUGAGGUGAGCCAGCCCUAGCUAGGAUCUCGGCAUGCGGUCAGCCUGCCUUUCAAUUAUACACAACAAAACUUUAAGAGGAAAUAAGGUAUGAGCCGAUAUGGCCGAGCUAGACUCAAGGAAAUGGCGGCAAAAAAUAUUGCUCAGUGAAUGUCAUCUGUAUUUUGAGGAGUAUCUGCAAGGAAAAACAUCUGCUCAUAUUAUAUCUUUACCGAGAGACAGGUUAAGAGCUGUUUAUGUGUUACCAGAAUGACUUUCAUUCCGGAAUGGGUUUCAAAGGCAGUGUGCAUCAAGGAAAACUGAAGACUCACUGAAGGGAGCUCAGUGCUCCAAACCUUCCAAAUCUGGGGUGCCCAGCACAUGGUUUCUAUGAAAAAACUAUGAUUUUUUAGUAACCUAGGAUCAAAAGUUAAUGCUAGGGGCCACAGCCUUGGGUUUUGUAAGCCCUAAAGGCUUGCCUAUCAGUGGUUUUCAUGUCAGAUCAAAUAUGCAUGCACCAUGCACUCAUGCCACACCACAUGAUUUGUGAUUCUCAAUCCUGAACGGAAUUUGUUUUCAGUUAACAUAAUACGAAGAAUGAAACUACCAGAAUGAGAAUUUCAUUUGGCUUGGGAAAAGUCAUUCCAGAAUGACUUGCAUUGAAUCGAAACGAAGUGUUGUUUUGGUAUCGUGUAAACAAAUACAGAGACAGAUCAUGGAAAACCUGGAAAGUCAUGGAAUUUAAGAAUUUCAUUUUUUAGGCCCUGGAAGUCAUGGAAUUUAAUUGUUGGUCAUGGAAAGUCAUGGAAAAUUAAAGCUUUAUCUGGUAGCUAGAUUAGUUUCUGCGGGUGAAAAAGCAAGGACAAUUUACAUUGUACAUGUACGUGUAAGAUAAAGAGAUGUAAUUAAACUGCGCAAACGAGACAUUUUAGUGGACACCAGAGUUCUGUUGAAUUGUGUAAGGUCCAAAAAAAAUAUCCUGAUACAAGGAUAGUUUUGAAAAUGUUUUAAAGUGACAGCUCCAAAUCUAAAUGUAAGGUCAUGGAAAAAGUAACCCGCAAUCAGGUUUUUUUUCUUAUUUUUGCAGAAAGGGGAAACAUAAUUGUGUAAGAAUGCCUGAUACAUUUACUCCAUGAGUUGUCUGCCGCCCCCUAAUUAAGGCAUCUGUCAACAUUUUGUGUUGUUGUGUUAGAUUUUACCAGAAACUCGAGCGGGUUGCUACUAAGAUUUUAAAGACCAAUGUAUCACUACUGUUAUUGCAAAUCUUGCCUUAUUGAUCCCAUGUGGUACCUUUGUUCAAACUGUCGAGUCAAACAAAUUAAUAAUUCUUUGAAAAAUGGUACUGGAACAACAGAAUUCUGUAUUUUUCUGGAAGUGGUCAAAAGUAUAGGAAUUGAUUCUGUGGCAACAAAUCGUUCAUGGUCUUUCAUCAGUUCGCAGAAGUACGGGUGUAAAAUCCUCAAUAAUUAUUGUUUUACACAAUUUCACGCAGUUACUGGUCAUUACUCGAUCGGAAAUAGAGACAAUGCUUCUCAAAGUAAAUUCUGCCUAGUCCAAGCAAGAAAGCAUCAUGGAAGAAAUAGUGGAUAUCCUUACAGUCGAUAAUACAUGUAACUCAUCCUCAUCCUCAAGUAACUAUUUUUGUCUUCCAAGACCUAGCUUAACCUAAGCUUGCUGUUAAAAGAAUUCCUCGAUCAUCUCGGGGUUUCUGUCAUGAAGAGGCGAAGGUGACAAGACUUAUCUAAUUGCACGGGAAGUCAGAUACAGUGUAUGUUGCUUGUAACCAAUCAGUGCAGGGCUCCGAAGGAUAUUCUGUUUUUCGACCAAUCAGACAAAAGUCCAGAUUCUGGACUACGGGCAGACCACAAGCUAAGUAAAUAUAUUAGGCAUCCAUUUCCAGGGAAGAAGGACCGCCUGAUCUCAGGUUAUUGGAAAAGUCAUGGAAUUUGAAGAGGUCAAAAGAAUAUGAACCCUGAGAGAAAUGUAAAUAUCAUAUUAUCCACUCCCCUCAGGGCUUUUCAGGGAUAAUUUACAACACUGGUUGGGGGACUUUGCCAGACUGCUUAAGGUGCAGUUUACAAGUAAUGAAGAAAUGAUUAACGAUGCCCCCAUACAUGAGUGUGAAAGUGAGAUAGACCACUACACCACAGGGCUGCAAAUAACGGCCGGUCAACGGACAAUGUCCAGUCAAAAAUAGAUUUUGUCCAGGCAAAUCCUUAGUUGGCUGGACAAUUUGUCCGGUCGUUUACGCUGGUAAGGAAAAAAUUUAGAGUUUCAAGUUUUAAAUAUUUAAAGGUUCAAUAUUAUUGGCGUUUGUGAAAAAGGAGGGGAAAAGACGGAUACUUAACUACCAGACCAAGAACUUUUAAUAAAUGAUUCGUAGUAGUCAUAAAAUUUCUGGCUGUCAUUGCACAUUUUCGCUUUGUCAUUCACCAAGUCGUCGCCGCAAAUUAGUGGGUCUUAAAGAUGUGGUCCGAACAUGCGCGAAGCUCCCCUACGCACGCGUGUAAAAACCUCUGGUACCCAGGGUAAUGUGUACCGGUCACGGGUGUGAAUUACUUUAUUAUUAGUCCGUGUGGGUUUUGUAAACAUGAUGUGAGAAGGACAACAAAACCUCUCAAUGUCCGUACAAGGGUCAUGGCACCCUUUGUCUUCAAAAUUUAAGUGUGAAAAUAACAAUAACAAGAAAGCAAGUUUACGUUCAUUUGUCUACUUGUCGACAUUUCCGUGUUAAUCACUUAAGCUAUAAAUACCGCGAUUAACUAAACAUUGUAUUUUCUAGGGAAGCAAACCUUUUUAGCAGUAAAUUCAGAUAUGACAACAUGUAAACUUUACCUGGCCUAAAUACGCGAUUCUAAAUACGCGAUUCAUCUCAAACGAUUGACCGCAGAUUUCAUUGAUGCGUGGGUUGUUUAUACAAAAUAUUUGAAAAAUUCUUCUCAAACUUGACUGAAGCAAAAAUGCAGUAAGUUUCACCGUUGACAGGGUGAAACACAAUGGAUUAGAAAGAAAUUGUAUUUGCGAUAAUCCUUUACAAAUGUUGUCAAUGUGGUAUGUAACGAGUUCAGUUUAACAGGUAACAUGUGAACAUAGUCAUCAACGUCUUCAAAAACCCUUUACAGUGCAUCCGGGUGUUCCCUUGUUAUAUGUCCAAACUGCGUUUCCGCAAGAUGAUGUCCUCGGAUGUCUAAAAGAACUCUUCCAUUAUUGUAUUUUAAAAGUUCAAUCACGCAUCUUAGGGAAAUAGCUUCCCUGUUUCCGGUAACAUUUAAAAUCAACUAGAUUGCAAGCCUCAGUCAAUUUCAUCAACUUCAUAACUAACUGUAUAUAAGACGCAGAACUGAAGCAAUGGUAGGACGCACUUUUGCUGUACCAUGCUUUCCACUUUUCCUGCAUUGAGAUCGAUGCCCAUGUAUAAUAAAUGCUUUGAAAAUGUACUUGUUUCAUAUUUAAAUUAACAUCAUGUGAAGGGAGGAGGGGCACUUUUAUAGCAACAAGACGUAAUCGAUGUUUGUCCGGCCAAAGAUGGGAUAUGUCCGAGCAAAAAUAGGUUUGAUCUGACAAUUUGACUGGCGUCAGCCGGGAAAUUAUUUGCAGCCCUGACACCAGUCACUACGUGCCCUACUCUUUACAAAGAGUGUGUGGAUUCUUUAAUGUCCCACAGAUUUUUUUUUAUUACAUGUGCAAGGGCUUGUGAGACAGGGCCUACGGUUUAUCGUCCUUAUCCGAGAAGACUAGAAAGUCAAGCCGUUUGCAGAUGUUAUUACAAAGCACUUUCUCCUCAGUUAUUUAAAGACCCUGAGUGUUGGUCUGGCCGGGGUUUGAACCUAUGGCCUGCCGCUCAGCAGACUGGCGCUUGACCCAUUGAGCUUACCGGGUGGCGGUUAUGAAAUGUGUAGAGAUGGAAUGAACUUGUUCCAGAAUGAAAGUCAUUCUGGUAUCAUGUGCAUAGCCCCUUAUUGUUGUGUUGUGGCUCUAAUGAUGCAACAUGUAGACGCAAGGUACAGCUGUAAAAGAAGUGAAAGAUGACUCUGACAUUUUCGCCCUUUACGGCGUGGAUGAGAAAAGUGUACUUGCUUAGAUUACUAUCUUAGUCAUGUCAGUAUUUCAUGUCAGCAAGCCCUAAGAGUUUUGCACUUGGUAAAUGGAAGCAUUAUUCUAAUUUAUUGAUUCUUCACAUCUUUUUACAGGGGCAGGCAAAUGUCCGGCUUUUGAGCCCCCAGCAGAGUGUCCUGACGAAGUAGACCACUUUUGUACUGACGAUAGUAGUUGUCCUAACAGUUUAAAGUGCUGCAACACUGGAUGUGAAAGGGACUGUGUGGGUAUGUCAGAAAAGUAACCUACAUCUACUGUGGUGUGUAAAAAUUAACAAAACUUUUGUUUCAUUAAUGUUAUGAUUUUUACUUUUAUCUGGGUGGGACGGUAGUGCCUGGAUGUGGAAAAAAAAAGACUGUCGAUUUUUUCUCUCCAAAGAGGUUCCCUCAAUGUAAGAAAGUACAUUGUUGGUUUAUAUUAACAUAGAAUGAAGAUGAUAUGAACUGCAGAAAUACACAUUUAAACUCAGCAAAUUGUCCUGCUCCCAAUGUAUGGAUCUUCAUAGCUCAUUUGGUAGAGCACUGCAGCGCUAACGGAGAGGCCAUGGUUUCGAAUCCCUUUCAAGUCCCGAAACUUUUAUUUCGGCUUAAUUUGCAAUAGCAUAAAUUGCAAUUACCACUGCGACGAUCAUAUCUUAAUUCAUUUCAGUAAAAGCUAUUUAAAUAGUAAAUGAGUGUUUUGAUGUCUCGUAUCAUUGUAUUUCUUGACUGUAUUACAGCUGUAUGAUUGUUUGUUUCUCUUGAUCUUUAAUUAGUUCCUGAUGCUGAACCAGAACCACCUCCUCAAAAGGUAUUAAUAUAAAAAGCAAUUUUAAUUCCCUUUAUUAUGAUUGUUGCACAGGAGCAUUAUUAAAUGAAAACGAAAACAAAGCUUUGGUGAAGGUCCCAAAUACAUCUAUGUUCAGUACAAUAUAAAUAUUAUGGAACUAUCUAAAGUUAUAGAAAGAAACUUUAUGUGCCCUUUGUCUGAUGUGACUGUUUGUUUAGAUUGGAUUGCCUGGAGAUGCUGGACCUAAAGGAGAACAGGUACGCCCACGUUAUUCAUUUCACUCUUAACUGUCAUGUCAGGGGCUGAUCUAGGGGGAGGGUGCAGGGGGUGCACCCCCCCCCGAGAUGACCUGCGGUUUUCUAAUACAACUGGUAUUCUGCAAAAAAAAUAAAAAAAAUACAUGGUUUAUUGGUGUUUAAGUAGUAUAGAGCAAAAGACAAGUGCACCCCCUCCUAAAGAAAAUCCUGGAUCCGCCCCUGCAUGUAUACUGGUACACUGUAAUACCAGCGUAGUAUCGUAGAGAGCUCAUCCAGGCCACUAUCAGUCAUGCUACAUACAAAAUGUAUGAACAAUGGGACAAUCUGGCACUGCUGCUUCUCAGCUGCUAUAUAGUGUUGAAAAAUAAUGCAAGAACAGAUUUGACUAUCUCGUUAACGAAAUGCUGUACAUCAAACAAUUAAGACUGCCUUUGAACAUGCUAAGUCUAGCUGUAUUUUCAAUUAUGAAAAUUUUAAGAGUACUUAAACUCCUUUUGAACUUGCAUUUAUUUCUAUAUCUUGAUAAUGGUGUAAUGAGGUUCCUGAAAGGCCAGGACAUUAUUUUAUUAGUUUUUACUUGUUUAUGUUUUUCCAAAUAUAUUUUGUAACUUUAGCUUGUUUUUCUGUAAUUCUUAUUUAUCCACAUAGUUUAUUUAGUUACUUUACAAUAAUAUUAUCUGUUAUGACUGCUGUAACCUUUCCCCUCCGCCCGCCUUGUCUAGCUUUUGCUACUUGCGGGCGGAGAUGGCAAAGUGAUGUGUAUGAAAUAAAGUAUAGUGUGUGUGAAAAAAAAAAAAAAUUAUAUAUUGGUUAAGAGAAUAGUAUUAAAAAAAUAACUUUUGUACUUCAGGGUGAUCAAGGACUCCAGGGUCUUGCAGGACCUCCUGGUCAGCGUGGAGAACCAGUAAGUGUGGUAGUUUUUGUUUGGUUAUGGUUGAUAUAACUAUUUUCUCAUCCUAAAUACACUCAUACAUUGUGUAUGGCUAUUAACACUCUUAAGUGUAAAUGUAGAAUUAACAAGGGUAGAGCAGGGGUACAUGUACUGUAGCCUAUAAAUGAUAGUUGCUCCUGCUACAAUUGUAUGUUACAGCAGGAUGCUAAUCAAAAGGGUAUACAAUUCCACCAUGAACUGCUGAUCAUGAUUUUUACUCUUGUAGCUUAUUAUUUUUUUCUUUUGAGUGAUUGCAUUCCCCAUGUGGUUUUUGAAAGGUUCAUUGAUUGUGUCAAGAAGUAGGAUGGAUUGGAAGCUUUGCUGUUCAAGUAGUGAAUGUAGACAGGAGAUCUAUUUUCUUAACCUAGGAGAGUAGGAAAACCAAAACAGACAAAUUAUAUUUGAAUUCAAAUAAAAAAAUAUUUAUUAUGUAUAUACAUGUAUUAUUUUAUGUAAGCCUUUUAGUGAUUAUUUUGUACAUGUAUAUAUACUUUGUUUUAUAAUUUUAGCAAUCAUUGUAAAUUUUGUGGCUUUAAGAAUAUAAUGCUUAAAAAUUGUACUCACGUUCUUGAUCAUUUUUAUAGACAGUUGUGCUGUAUAAAAUUAUAUCGUAACAUUAUUAUUUUUUUAUUUCAAAAUUUUUAGGGUUCUGCUGGUGCUGCUGGUAGCAAGGGUGACACAGGCGUACCGGGACCUCAAGGAUACCCUGGACCACCGGGAUCCAUUUUGGCCUUGCCAACACCUGGAGGUCCAGACGCAGGGCCACUGGGUGUCGGACAUGUAAGAAAGUCUUUGAUAAAACUUGCCCACUUCGGUCAUACCUGUCACUCAAUCAUCCCCAACCCGUUACUUGAAAUCCAGAGGCCCCCACCCCUGGGCAUACAUGACCACCUCCCAUACAUUGUUAAGCAUUUUUGGUUGUUGCUUACAUGUUGUAGCCUCCCACACAGGCGAUUUUAGGGGAGCUCGUGUUUCGUCCCUCCCCACAAACGCCUGCUCAACCGAGAAUGACAUUCCUUUCCCAAGCUUAGCCAAUGACAUUGUACUUUCCAAAUUCUGGAAAGUUGACCUUGACCACAGGGUCACCUGAUAAUUACUCAAUCUGCACGACACACAAGGAAAGCUUUAUGACCUCCAAUAAAUGUUAGACAGAGCGGAAAAAGUAAGAUUUAGUCAGAUUUUACAAUACUCCAUGUACUGCAUAACCCUAGCGAAGAAAAGAAAAGAAGGAAAAAGGAAACUCCGGGGUCACGUUUUUACACUACUACAAGGUUAUGAGUCGUGUUUGUCCUGUGAACACUUUUUUCAGAACUGUUGAUUAGUCACGUACCACGCGAAUAAAACAAUGGGAAAGGAAUGUUGUUCUCUGUUGAGCAGGCAUUUGUGGGAAGGGAUGGAAGACGAGCUCCCUUAAAAAGGCCUGUGUGGGAGGCUAACAUGUUGUUCCUUACAUGCGUGUAUGGGAGGUCGGACUGUACAUGUACAAUGUAUUAAUUAUUAUUUUGAUCCAGAUAAGGUGUCUGAUACGGGGCUUCACUCCUUCUUUAUUUUAUUAUAGAUUCGGCAAAUUGCCAAUAUAUUAUGUAAAUGAUAAAAAAUAAUAAAAUAAAAAAUAGGAAGUAUAUGCAUGCUAUGUUUAAGUACAUUUUUAUAUUUUUCAUGCAAAGAACAUUGUAAAUAAACAGGAAGCCACUCACAAGAAUAAUGAUGAAAGAUGUGGUCAUGACAAAAUGGUUUUGAAGACACAUCUUUAUCAUAAAUAUUUUUAUUAUCAUAAUUUUAUUUAACUAUAAAAAAUUGCGAUAAAACAUUUCUUAAAAUCAUUUUAAGAUUACGCAUUGCUGAGCACAAAAAUUCGGCAAUCGGUAGACAUUUCUUAGAAGCUCACGGUAACAACAACCUUUUGAGAGAAAGCCAAUUCACGGUUUUAAGAAAGUGCCAGAGCAAAUUUGAUUGUUUAGUAUUUGAAAUGCUCUUCAUCAAGAAGCUUAAGCCCAAUUUAAAUAUUCAGACGGACUCCAUACGUGCGAAACUCUUUGUUUAAUAUUUUCUCACGUUACAAUUUUUUAAUCAGCUAUUGUUGUUUUUUUUUAGUAUUUAUAGACCAAAAAUCACUAACUUAUUUUGACUUGAUAAUGACGUUCAGCUAACGUCGAAACGUCGUCGCUUUUUAGCAAUUUUUUAAUCUUAAAAUGAUUUUAAGAAAUGUUUUAUCGCAAUUUUUAAUAGUUAAAUGCUUUUCAAAAUCACUUCUUGUUCAUAAUUUUAUUUAUUUAUAAAAUGUGCAAUGUCCUUAUUUUUAUUUCAUUUUUAAUGCUUUUUAUAACAAUGUAGAUAAUACGGCCAAGCGACUCUAAGGGGCCUGGAACAGUCAUUCAAGAAAUUCGUGGAGAGAAAGGUUCUCCGGUAUGUUCUUUUUUGUCCUUUUCUAAAAAAUUUAGUUUUUCUUGUAUUAUGUGGCUGUGAGUCCUUACUGUGAUUAACAUCAAUUUUCUCAUUACAUAACCAGGAGAAGAGGCUAUGAGAAUUAUUAAGAUGAUCACCAUACAGAAAAUUGCUUUGAUCUGUUAUCAAAUUGUCUCAACUAAUUCUGUAAGGAAAUGUGUAGAGUUCAGUCUAGAGAAUUUGUAUGUGGAUAUUGGGGCUUAAGGUGAAGUCCCCUGGGAUGAUUUUUUCUUAGUGGGUUGAGUUGUAGGUAGGAGAAGAUAGAAUUGUACACAGUACUGACAGCAGUAUGAUCAUUGUCUAGUGAGAAAUAUAUCUAGCGUUAUUUUGGAAUAAUUAAUUUGUCUUGUGAAGAUGAGGUAUAAAAUAAAUGACUACCAUGUAAACUGGAAGUAGUAAGUUGUAAAUUAUUACAUGUACUGUCAAGUUUAUCUGUACUCUGUCUUGAUCUCUAAACAGUGUGAUUUACUAUCACAUCUUUGUGCUCAUCAUAAUUUUAUGUUGAUAAAUAUGAGGCCUUUUUUUAUGCGCCUUCUGGCAUGAUGAGACUUGAUGAUGAUGAAAAGGAUUUUAUACUUUAACAAUUACAUUAAGUGCCAGCUACACUGUAUGUGUACAAAAUGCACAGUCAUGCACUGGCCACAAGUCAGAGUAGAGUACUGAUUACUGUGCUACAGUUAAUAAACAACACUUUUAAGUGUUUCAAGCCCUAUAAAUCCACCUGGCCCCAGUUGUUCAAACGUUGGUUAGUGCUAUCCACCGGAUAAAUCACUAUCCAGCGGAUAGCGUAAUUAAUUUCCAUAAUACUUAUCCAGUGGAUAGUUAUUUAUCCGGCGGAUAGCGCUAUCCAACGUUUGAACAACCAGGACCUGGUUUGUAGAGGGCAUGGAAAAACCUGGAAAGUCCUAAAAUUUAAGGAUUUCAUUUUCCAGGCCUGCAAAGUCAUGGAAAAUUAAAGUUUUGUUUGGUAGAUUUGCUUUUGCAGAUACAAGGACACUGUACGAUAGAGACAAGUAAUUAAGCAGUGCAAACAGUUAGGUCAAACAAUACCCUGAGUUAAGGAAAGUUUUGAAUUUUUUGGAAAGUUUUAGAUGAACUUUAGGUCAUGAAAAAGUCAUGGAAAUUGAAGACCUGAAAAGAGUACAAACCCUGUAAUUGCCAAUCUGAAAUAGCAGCAUGGAAAGAAAGCAGUGUCCAAUAGCCCAGGGCUAGUGGAUUUUGCUAUCGGGCUAGUGAAUUUUGUUAUUAACUUGCCCGUCGGGGAAGUGAAGUUUUUUGAGGAAUUCAAAUUACAGAAGAACUUUGAAAUCAAUCUGCUCAUCAAAACGUUUUUGGGUUUUCAGUUGAAAUGAUGUUUGGGCUAGUAAAUGUUAGCUCAGCUUGCCCAAUUGGCAAGCUGUAAAAAUGACUUUCUUUGCACCCUGAAUAGAGUAUUGGCUUAAGGGGAAACUGCUUAUCUCACAGUUAUUUAUUGAUAGAGAAUUAAGCUAGUGACUUCCACUUGUGACCUACCUCUGACCUUUUUUUUUUUUGUACCUGCUGUGAUCAGCCAUCAUCAUCACUAGCUUAAUUGGAUUCUGUCCACCCUUAUUUAAGAUUUCCUUUUUGGGAUUUUUAGCAAAGUCUAAUGGCUGUGGUUUGUUCUUUUGGCUUGCAUUCUACAGUGUACCUCUGAUCAUUGUUUCUUGGUAAUAAUAUUUUAUUAUAAUACAGUCAAUCCCCAUUAUUAUAGACACUGUGUCCAUGUUAACAGGGUGUCCAUAUUAAAUAAGUGGGUUGAAUUUUGAGAGAAAUGUUACGGCUUUCUUUCCCCAGGGACAAAGCAAUCUGUCCUAAAUACAUGUAAUCAGCGGUGUCCAUAUUAACCCUUUAAGUCCCAAUAUCCAUAUACAAUUUCUCCAAACUGAUCCCUAUUAUUUCCUUAAAGAAUGAGUUUAGAGAAUUUGAUAAAAGAUCAAAGCAUUUUCUCUCAAGUGAUCAUUUUAUUAAUUCUCAUAGCCUAAUCUCGUGACAAUCUAUGAAUAUUCAGUGUUCUCACCAGGAUUUUGCCUUGGGGAGUCCCAGGGCCCCCUCUUCUGAGAAAUAGGGGCCCUGUAAGAACAUUAGGGGGACAAAGUUACAAAAAACACGCGGUACGAAGAACCUGAGCCCGCACUCCAAAUUGUCUGUUACAUGAAGUACCUACCUGAUCCAAUAUGGCGGAAGAGGUGUUUACGAUUCGGAGGAGGAGUUUACGAUGUAGUGGGACGUGCGUGGGACCAAUGAAAGUAAAGGCAACAAAAUUAAAGACUUUGACUCAUUUGAUAUCAUGUUUUUUUAUUUAUUCAGACAAACAGAAUGCUUUAGUGUUAGGGUGACCAUUAAAACUACUUAAGUCGGUUUGACUGGUAGCUUGCCCCUGCGCCCUAACGGGCGCAUCUUCUUGGUUUUAAUGCGCCAUUUCAGUUUUUUCUUGCGGGAAUCCUGCAAGGCCGCGGCCUGGUGAGAACACUGAAUAUUGUUAGGAGAAAAGUGAUGUUGGUCACUAUUGGAACUUAAAGGGUUAAGCCGGGUGUCAGUAAACUGGGGUUUGACUAUAAUCCUAAUUCAUAAAGUUUACUUGAUUCACUUCAUAUCCAUUUGUUAUCAACAUCAUAGGGACCACAAGGUGCGAGUGGACCACCAGGUGCCAGAGGACCUGAUGUGAGUUACAACCUGAAUACUAAAACAUUAACAUUAACACUAAGGCUGGCCAUGAUGCUGGAAUUGUGAUCCAGUGGUGGUGCUCCAACCUCAACUUUUUCAGUAGUCACCUUUUGGCAACCUAAAAUUUUAUAAUGGUUGCCAUACCAGUAAAAGACAUACAAUUUUGGGCAAGCUGUAUCUAGAAUGUAUAUAUACUAGUUCAAAAGUCAUUAACCCCGCCCCCCCCCCCCCCCCCCCAUUUCAUUGGCAAGGUAAACAAAUAACAACAUACCAAAAUCUACUGAUUAGAAGGACAAAAUUUCUUGGAAUUCCUCUUAUUUGUGGCAUUUCAAUCAAUGAGAAAUCUGAAGUUAGAAGUUGAACAAAGAAAAUGAAGAUUACUAUACUAAUCAUAAAGAACUGUCAUGUUUGGAAAUACGUAAGAAAAUCUUAUUACUAGAUUUUGACUCCAAAUUCAAAAUAGUUCAACCUAAUAAAAGUAAUGUCUUAUAAAUUACACUAAAGUGUACAUAAUUAUUUUGUCCGUGCCAAUUUUGAACUUUAUACCUGCAAUGAGUCUUAACCACCAGUUCAGGGGUGCAUUUUUUCAGUGUUUUUUGUCUGUUGUUUAUUCACCUCGUAAUAGUCAGUUCUUGUUGCCUUUAGGGUAUUCAAGGGGAACUUGGCGAGACAGGUCCUAUUGGAGCCUCAGGUCUAGCGGUAUGUCACAUUAAUUAUUUUUAAGCAUUAGUAAAUUAUUGUUAUAUCAAACAUAAGACUUUGCAUGUUUUAUCCAAUAUCUAAGUGUUGAGUAUUGGAUAAAACAAUCAUAAUUAUUAUUAAAAAGAAAAAAGUAACAUUACUAUUAUUAAAAUGAUGAUGCGAUUAUCAAGCAGUCAAAUGUAUGUUCUGAGUGUGUGAGUGGAAUCCCGUGGUGUGACUGUUCAGUGUAUCUCACCAUAGUAGAGGAGACUGGUUAGGAAAGCCGGCAACCAUCAAAGUUGAAAGCAACGGUGCUGUAGGUUAUGUUGGAAGCUCCCUGACUGUGCACAAUCCUUUGUAAUUUGUGCACGGUCGGAGGUCCAAAAAAGCUAAUGAAAACAUAUAGCAAAGGGUUUCCCAACCAUUCUACUUUAAAAAAAUAGGCAAUAAAGGCGAGAUCAUAAUUAUUAUGAUCUCGCCUUUAUUGCCUAUUUUUUUAACUCUCAUUAUCUCACUUGUUAUUUACUGCAUCUGUGUUUCGGGUGUUGCUGCUUACAUACAAUAUUUAUGUCACAUUGAUAGGUUAGAUUUAGGUGCAUUCAACAAUUGAUAACCAUCCAUUAGGUUGUUAAAGAGAGGGAUUAUAGUACAUGUAUCAUGGGUAAUUGCUGGCAUCCCCUUGAUGAUCUACGCAGUAGGCCGCAUCCUUUCCAGGUCCCAAGAAUUGAUUUUAAAUCAGGGGUUUCAAUAAUAACUGAAUUAACCAGUAGGUUUGAAUAGAGUAAUGGACUGUAGCUGUUUGUCCGCUUCUUUUAGAGGGCUCUGGGAGCUUGCUCCGCGUUAGCUGUUUCCUAUUAUUGUGAAGACCCACGUUCGUUCAAGUCUAUCUGUUUAAAAUGUAAUAGUGCUCGUCCCUUGUCUUGUCCAAUAACUUGUUGUAUAUAUGUAGCUGUAGUUUUUCUUUUAUCGCUGUGUUUUUUAAUAUUUCUUGCACCCCUAUCAUCAUCUGUACUAUUGUUAUAAAUUUUUAUUUCUUGUAUAUUAUGGGGUGAAAUAAAGUGUUGUUGUUGUUGUUGUUGUUAUUAGUAUCCGGGCCCACUGUAAUUGGUCACAGCUGUUGCAGUGUCCCUAGCCUGCCAAUGUUCUUUCUAUUUGUUUGUUUGUUUGUUUUUUUGGCAAAACUAAUAAAAAAAAGAAAAGAAACUCUUAGAAUUUCAGAGCCUGAAAAUUUGAUUUCCAGUGUUUUGGGGACUAAAUUUAGAACAGAAGAGUAUGUUUCUCAUUCAAGAAAAUACAUGUACAGUCGACUCUCUCUUAACGGACACCUCUAUAAGGUGGACGCCUCUGUAAAACGGACACCUAGAGUUGGUCCCUGCCUUUCUUUCCUCCCUCUAUUUAUAAAGACCUUUAUUUUUUUUUGCAACCUUACUGUACUUUUACAAAGUAUGAUUCAGUUUUUUAACAUUGGGAUUUAUGUUGAGUUUUGGAUAAUUUUUGUCGAGAAGGGCUGGGCCAUGUAGUUAUUAACCAAUACUGAGAAGCACUAUAGCAGCACAGCAAACGUGGGAACAUUAGGUUUGACCUUUCAGAAUGAUUGUAAGUUCUCUGCACAUGCAAAAGCUAAACUGUGCAAAGCCAACAAAAUUAAUGUCUACACAUACAGCUGUACUAAGAGUAUUUAGAAAAGAGUGUUACAAUGAUUACCUUUUCUAUAACAUUGUACAUGUAUUCCCUAACUUAACAUACUGGUUAUCUGUUCAUGGUGCCUCUAACAUGGAUCUUAAUAUUUUACCUCAAUUUUUAGACUGAUGCCAUAUUAAGUUAGGUUUUGAUGUUAACUUCACAAACAGGAUAAAGGAAUUUUGAAAAAUGUUAAACAGACCAGUGUGAUAACCACCCCCUGAGGGUCUCCUAACCACAAGAGAAGAUUGAUUUAACCUAUGAUUAGUUUUUAAAUAUGGUCAACCUUUUAUGAUGAUUCUAUGUAUAGAAUAAUACAUAUACAUUUUUAACAAUUUAGAUCUUGUUAUACAAUGUACUUUCUUUUUCUGUUGUGUUAAUCUGAAAUUUUUCAUCCUUUUUCUUGUAACAUUAGAUCUUAUGAUCAAUAAAUUAAAGACAGUUUAUCAGUUUGAAUUAUUAUUUUUAAAUAGCUUUUAUUUUUUUUAUUAACUUUUUUAUGCUUUUUAUAAUUGUUAUUAGUAGUCUUUAGAUAGUCAUUUUACGACAAUUCUCUUUCGUACACAAGAAGAAUGUACAUAGGGUAUAUAUUUUAAUAUUUCAUAUUCUUGAAUCUGUAAAUAAACUAUUUUUUUAAAUCUAUGAAUAAAGUUUUGUUUUAUUAUUAUUAAUAAAAAAAAAAAGACACAUCAUUAUUUUAAUUAUUAUUAUAUUUAUUAUUAUUAUUAGGAAAAAUUUUCUUUCCAAAGAAAACAACAAAUAUUUAAAUGUGUCCGAGUUUAAAGUUUCAGUCUAUAGUGAUUAUUAGUCACCCUCUCAAAAUAAACCUGAUGAUUAUUUUUAUCGUUAUUGACAAUUAUUUUUACCCUGGCUUGUUUUGCAGGGUUCACAAGGAACCAGUGGUUCCCCUGGUGAACCAGGCCGGGAUGGCAAUGACGUAAGUACAUGUAUAAAUGAAUCAAUAAUUGAAUGCGGCAUUUUUUUUUAUGGAAAAGUCAGAGAAGAUCUGUCACCACCACUGAAAAGAGUACCUUACAACAAUAGACGUGCCAAGUUUGAAGGUGAUAUAAGUCUUAAGCUCCGCAAAGUUGGGAAAAUUUACAGACAUUGGUAUGGUGGGGACAAUUUUGUGACCCCCACUAUAAAAUUUAAUUUUGUCUGUAAAAUUUCACAAAUUUGAGCUAUAUCUUCAUUAGUUUUCGAGGAAUCACAUUCAAACUUGGUAUUUUUACCCCAGGGGGGAUACUCGGGAUUUCAAGUGACUGGGAUGAUCGAAGGAUUUUUUUGGGUUUGAAAUUUUUGAUUCCGGGAUUUUUGUGGGUACGAAAAUUUGGCUUGGGUAGCUCGAUUUGAGUAAGGAUUUUUUGGGGGUAUUAAAAAGAAUCAGAUGAGGGGAAGGAUAUAUUUAGAUGGUAUGAUGAAUAAACAAACACGAGUGUUCAAUUUCCAAUGUUUUUCUUUGUGUUAUAGCAUUACCCCUUUCUGGAACUUUCAAGGGCCACAAAAUCGGCAUGGGAUUUUUUGGGGGUCAAUUUUUGGUCCAGGGAUUUUUUUGGGUUUUGCUGGAAGCCCUAGGGAUUUUUUUGGGUCUUGACUUUUGGCUCCAUUCAAUCAUCCCCGUCACUUGAAAUCCCGAGUACCCCCCUGGGAUUUUUACUAACAAAAGUAUUUAAAGGCCCUCUUUCCAGUGGCAUCAGUUGAUUCUCCCUAUCUUGUGUCCAUGUCAAAAGUUGGAUAUAAUGCAGAAAGGUCUAAUAUUAUAAUAAUCUCUCUGGCUUAAAAAGGUGUUUGUCUUGUAACUAAUGCCGUAGUCCCUUCAAGUAAAAUGAUCACUUGAAGAUGAAAUUGCUUCUUCUUCUUGGGUUAUUUAUACAAAUUGGGUCCUUGAUAAACAUAAUUAUUUUAUGGAGAAAAAUAUUUAGAUAGUGGAAGUUGUAUUAUUUAUUACUAAUGAUGGUAAAAAUCUGCAAAAUGACAAUAAUUUUGGGGUCUAAUUUUCCAGACAAAAAAGUAAUCAACGGGGUUGUCAAAAGUAGCUUGCUUCCGGUAAAAAUUGUUGCCUACUUGGUUAGUAUCCGCUGGCUACUCUGCUUGGCAUUUCUUUACGGAUGGCGUUUUUUAAAUAAAAUAUGCCUGGACAUACUGGCCGCUUACUUUGACAACUCAGCCGUCUACUUGAAAACUUUCUGACAACCCUGAAUGAAACAAGCAAGUUCUAGGUUUCUAUCAGUGUAAUAAUGGUUUUAAUUUUGUAACUAGGAGUAAUUGGAGCUUAGGAGAGGGUGUUCAAUAUGUUUGCUAGGCAUGCCGGUAGCAGUUGAGGGGAAAGGAUGGAUCGUUCUUACGAUAGAUAACUAUGACUAUGGCAUAUUUGAAUGUAAUGGUUGCGUGCAGCGAAACCUCGAUUUAAACUGUGCAUGAUAAUGAAAAGGUUUUGAAGGCUAGUGAUCAGCGUGAUAUUGUAUAGUUUGUCUCAAGUGCUUGUUGUUUGAGGAGACACUGGCCAGAGUGCUUUGGGUGUGUAAAAAGAUCUUUUUGUUUUACUGCCACAAUAGAUGUUCUACUGGGCGCAGUUGUUCGAAGACCGAUCAAUGCUUAACCCGGGUUUCUUUUUCUUUUCUAAAAAAACAUUUCUUUGGAUAAUUUUCUCAGUUAUUUUUGAGAGCAUCCAAUCAUCAACUUGUUGGCAAAAUGAAGCUUUUACAUUAUUCUGAGUUCAAAUUUCGCACUAACCCUCCUCACCUGGGUUAUCUUAACCCAGCUUUGAACAACCGGCCAAAGUACUGUUAAAAAGGAAACAGUUGACAGUUUAUUUAAUAUUGGGAAUUUCACAUGUAGACAAUUACUGAAAUUUACUAUAAAAUGCCGGAAACCGUUACUGGCAAGUCUUCUUAACUUGUGAUGAUAUUAAACAACGACCCAAGACAACAUUUUUGUGGUGAAUGCCGGGGCACGAUGAUUGUGUUUGAACACUGGUUGACUUACACUACACCUCUCAGUUUCACACGUCUCAAGGGAAUCAUCAAAGCCUUUAGUGGAAUGUGUGUGCGGCUCACGUCAAUAACUUUUCCAGUAAUUUGGUGGAGUGUAUUGAUUUCAGUGGCUUGAGUGGGGCCACUGUGGGCUGGUCACGUUUUUCCGAAUAAAUAACACAGACCUAGCCUGCGUAGCAGGCGCUUGGAAGUAGCGGGCGAAAGAGAGAGAGCUAAAAUGUUCGUUUGUCCAGUGCCAAAAAUAUCACAAGUCAUGAUGAAAUGGUGCUGUCGAGCUUCACGUCUCGGUAGAUUUACUUUGUGGAAUAGUGGCCGCCGCCAAGCUUCACAUCUCGGUAGAUUUACUUUGUGGAAUAAUGGCUGCCGAGCUACACAACUUGGUAGAUUUACUCUGUGGGACUACAGCCGCCUAGCUACACAACUCAGUAGAUUUACUUUGUGGCACAACAGAUGCUGAACUUCACAACUCGCCGGUAAAUUUACUUUGUGGCACAACGGGCGCUGAGCUAAACAACCCGGUUUGAUGCAUGCACCAGGAGUAGCACACGUUUUCCGAAGUAAAAUAUGAAGGCUUAAUCCAAAGUAAAAUUUUACUCAGGGUGUAAACUUUCAGCACACUUUUGAAAGAUGAACGCUUUGGAAGGUGCAUUAAACACAGAUUGAUAGUAGACCUUCAUCAAACUCUUAAAUAUGUACGCUUUACGGAGAUUCACAACACUUUUAAAAGAUGAACGAUUUGCAAAGACAGAAUAGCGGACAUGAGCAAACAUUUGCAAGAUGAAUGCCGAGGACACACGAAUCACCACGUGAGUUAGCACGACAACGUGAGGCAAAAUGUAAGCAAGCACCUCAAAGUGAGGGAAAUGUGUGUCGACGACGACGACAACGAAUGCAAUCUCGAAAAAACCUCCCUUAUUGCACAGGACACCCAAUAAUGCACAAAACACCCAACACAAAUUAGGGGUUGCGUUCUCCUACCUCGAACGCAAUAAUUACAAAAUAAUUAAAAAUAAUUUUUUUUGUAUAUGUUUUUGAUUUGUCUGAGGAAAAAAAUGUCCUUUCCAGAGUGAAGAUGUCUUUUUAAACUCCAACCUGUAGGCUCUUCCUGCCAGUUUUUUGAUUUUAUAUAAUUAUCAUUUCUGGUUUAAAGAGGAGUACUUCAGAACAAUGUUGCUGACCAAAAACUGCUUGUAUUUGAUAGGGUCAACCAGGUGCUACUGGAGAUACUGGAGAGAACGGUGCAAUAGGAGAGGCUGUAAGGAGAAUUAAAUGAAUUGUUGUUAUGACACUAUCAUUUAAUUUUUAUAAUGAAUGAAAUUUCCCUAAUGCUACACUGUAUACUGUCUUGGAGACAGCAUUCACUUUCCACAGUAUUCACCCAAUUUAAAUUACAGUACCAGGAGUCUGUACUUGCACCAAUUGCCAUUUUUACGUGUAAAAGUGUUUCAUUAGUAGAAAUGAAAAAAUGUUAGUUGAAUAUGAUGAAUUACCCUUAUCAUCCAAGACCAAGCUUUGCUUUUUGAGCCAAUCUACUUGUGACCGACUACACUUUUCAACUAACUAUUGUUAGAAUGCAUUUAAUUAAAUGAUUCCAGAAGAAGAAUAACCAAACGUUUUGUUGCAAAUCUCUAAUGUGCCAUGCUUUUUGGCAACUUAAAUGCUGCAAUCAUUGAGAUAUCUUAUUUCAAGCAGAUUUCAACACAAAAAAGGAUGAUUUCAAGAGUUCAUUCCUGCCAGAUAUUCUUAUUCGGGAAUAUGAUUAAUCAAACACUCCCUAAGUAUUAUAAUGGAACUUUUAACAUUUUACUGUCAAGAACAUUUUCUUGGGACACUGAUCGAGCUACCUUUGUAUCUGAAGAACAUUAAUUUCAUUUCCAUUUUACUAAUUGCUUUUUAAAGGGACCUCCUGGUAUUCCUGGUGUUCGUGGACUUCGUGGAAUUAAGGGUGAUAUGGUGAGAACCAUUCUGGAUUAUUAUUAUUUUUUUUGGCUUGUAUAAUAUGUAAGUGCAUACAGCAGCUGACCAGGGGCCAAGUAAUAAUCAGAGCUCGGCACGCGUUCGAGCAAGCAUUACACAUGCAGCUUAAGAAAAUUUGGUUAUCCAUCCACCGGAGAAAUUUUGUGAGUGAGUUGAUGGUAUAUCUGUCUGUCUGUCCAUCUGCACCAUACAAAAACCAAUGUCAAAGGUCUUAAUUACUUUCUGGCUAGUUUGUCUGCAACCUGAUAUUGCACAUCCUUGUUGUGGUCAAUUGGCUGCUGUCAAAACAUGUUAUCCACUGACCAGUAUGACAUGACCAUAAAAUAAUUAUCCAAGGUGUCGACCCAUUGAGGUUACAUGUAUGUGCUGACAAGUUACUAGCUUUCAGCUGACCACAGGCUCAACUCCCAGUGGAUUUCUUUACAAUGGUUACAAAUUAUUCAUAUAAAAAUCAUUUUAAAGAAAUUCACUUAGAGUUGAGCCUGUGAUCAGUUGAAAACUAUAUAAACUGCAGGCUUCGCUUUAAGCCUUCGCUUAAUUUAUAUGAUAAACUAUUAAAUUAUUAUGGAGUAACCCUUUCCCUCCUAAUCAUGGUGAAAGAAAUAAGAUGAUCUUGACAAUUUUGUGGAGAGGCUUAGCGAUUUCAUGUAAUGAAAGCUUAUGUUUGUGACUGUGCCGGUUUUCAUAAAAUUGACUUUUUGAAGGUCAAUUGUUAUGAGAAAAAAUGUUUGGUACUAUUAUAGGCUGCAGAUUGAUAUUUAAGGGUCUUUGUCAUGGCUGUCUAGUUCAUUUUGUUAAUUAGAUUUGUUAAUUGCCAAUUAAACACACUCUUAUUCACAAUUAAUGGAAGUUUACAUUGGCAAAGAAAUUACUUGCAAAAUUAAAUGACAAAAUUAGUUCUUCUUGUCAAACAAAUUUGUCUCCAAGGUAUUACAGACAAACAGACAAUAUAUUACGUUGUUGUAGUUGACAUGAUAAACGUGUUGUCGUUGGCAGGUUAUGCGUGUUUAUAUUUACUCGCACAAAGGCUCUUGUUUCUACCAUGUUGUCUAAAACAAAGGAAAUUUUUAAUGAGCAAAAUCCUAACACGGUCGUUCCGUGUUAACUCCUGCUUCUCUUGUCUGACCAUGUGAAUAUGUUGGGUGCGUGUCAUCACCAAAGUGGCUAAAAUCCUGUGGAGGGUCGCAAUUAAAAGAACGAUAAACUUUGACAAAACAAAUGGGCUAACAAGUUCUCAAAAACCACAGUGGCAAGUUUGUUCAUCAAUCCAUGCCUCCUUUUGUAUAUAUUUAUUUUGUUGUCUUAUUUAUAACUUCUUAUAAUGUUUUGAGCUGUUAUCUUUUGUUUCACUGUAUGUGGUGGUGGAUCCCAGAUGAAUUUUGAGUAAUGUUGUGACACAGCUCCUUAAAUUUUAGUUAAAUAACAGUUGUGUUUUAUGUUCUGACUGUAGGGUGCACAAGGAGAGAGAGGGGAGCCAGGAGAUCAAGGAGAGAAGGGUCCUACUGUAAGUGCUUGCUUUUAGUGGGGUAACAGUGGUGGGUGUGGUAGGGAUAAGGAUUAAAUGGGAUUGGACAGAGAAUUUUGUAACGGGUGAACAACUUCUGUCCUGCUAUAUUCCAAUAACAACUGUUUGACUCGUCCAGAGUCAUCUCUCCAAGUGCUUAAAUACUUGUAUCUAUAUGCUAGAAACUAUGACAAACAGAACAUGAGCAAAAAUCACCUGGGCACCACUAGCUAGACUAGAAGUGGUCUAGUUUUAGCGGGGCUCACUCGUGCGCGAAGCGCGCGUGGGACAGAGCCCCAUACUCAUAGAAUAUGGUCAACCUCUUUUCAUUUGGUUGUCACGUGACUGACCGAGCGUACGUACGUACGUACGCGUCUACAGAUUGUACGGGUAGGGUAGGGUAGACUAUCAGAAGGAAGGGAGGGGUGUCUCAGGUGUGUCUUGGCAAACCCAUAUCUUUUAUAUUGGCCAUUCACAAUAUGGUCAAUUGACAGCUGUCAAAACAGGAUAGCCACUGACCAGUAUCACAUUGCCAUAUCGGGGGCUCAUGUGUCAACUCAUCAAGGUGACGUGAUUUAUUUGGAAGCUGUCCGCUGACCAGUUGUUUUACUAGCUCGCAAUCAAUGUUCAAUCUCAUACUUUCUAGGUAGCUAAUUUGAGAGCACAGGAAAACUGAUAAUGCACCCAUCCAUUGGACAUCAAUGUGAUCAAUUGACAGCUGUCAAAACAGGGUAUCCGCUGACCAGUAUCACUUGACCGUAUCGCGGGCUCAGGUGUUAACCCAUUGAAGUUAUCCGCUGACAAGUUACUAGUUUUCAAAUGAUCGCAGGCUCAAGUUUGAUUGUUUUUUAUUUCAUAUGAAAUAUGUUUUGUUUUUGUGCCGCGCAAUUAAAAUAUUGAUUUAAAACUGACCUCGGAUGCGAAAAUCCAGCCAGCUAUUACAGGCGGGGAAGGCAGUUGCUUUUGACUUUGCUGACCAUGGUCACGCGUUGGUCACGCUCUACGUCCAAUUUUUACGCUCUGAUUGGUCAAAAUUUGACAGGUGAGCUCAUGCGGAAAAUUUAUGCAGCAUCUUGAAUCUUGUUUACUUUGACAGCUGAAGCUGACAGAGUUUUGUGUCAACUUGUGAUGUUUUUAACUGUCUUUUUCCACUGGAUGCACAAAAUGAAAUUCAGCUGCUAUCAGGAGUCUUCUGUUAUUCAUGGGUAGUUGGUUUUUGGUUGAGAAAAUAGUACAUUACUUGUCAAAGUCGGGAAUCCGAUUUCCGAUGGCAUCGAUUUCGCUUUUCACCUUGCUUGAUGCGUAAGGGUUGAAAAGUCUGAAGUGAUACUGGCCUUCCUUGAUACCUUUCAGGAGCUGCAUGUCGAAUGGUAAGCCUCAGUAAUUAUUGUAUUUGAUGUUUGUUUUUUAUAUCUAAUUUAAUGAAGUCGAGCGCAGUUUAUGCGGCUAUGUAGUUUGUGCACGUUUGUAAGAUUUGAGACAAUUUGAUAUGACCAAGAAUCAGGUUUGAUAUAAGCUUACAGAACUUUAAAAAGCCUUUAGACAUUUUCUCACCGCAAAUAGAAAGAAAACGUUCCAAAAAACAUUUAGUUAUAAUUCUGGCUGUAAAAGAAAGCUCUGAGCGAUUUUCUUGCCUCGAGUUCAUCUUUGAAAAAAGUAAAUAUCGGGAAGCCGGCUUAAAACAUAAACUUAAGCUUUCAGGUUAAGCUUGAAGACUCAGGAUUUUUAGAGACACUUUGAUACUUGUCUUCGUCAAUGAAAAAUGUUGUCUCUGUACAUGUUUCACCGAAUUAUAUUUCUUUUAUUGAUUGUGGGUAGUCUCUCUUGUAAUUUUAAUCGCCGUGCCGUUUGUUUUCAGUUGUUCAGUGAACAUCGCUUGCAGGAGUACUCACAGUGCCGCGGGUAUCAAACCGGCGCUUUUAAAGAUUACACAUCGAUAAAACCAUUUAAUAAAACUGAAUAAACAUAAUAAUUUCUUUAUUAAGUUGUAGCUUAACUCUAGUAUGUUCGUUCAAACACUUGCUACAGUUCGCACUGCAAAAGUGAGAACCGGCUGGCUGUAUAUGAUUUUGGAAAUUUUUUUAACGGUUUAAAAAGCCCACGCGUGCUUGGAUCGUCCUUAUUGAAUGAGUGCAAUUUGUGUUGCAAAAUUGUGAAAUACUGCAUUCUGUCCGAGGUCUGUAUGAUAAAAACAGUACCUCAUAGUACUGUUUCACCUCAGAUGUGGUGUAUUAAUAGUAUAAAAGGUUGGUUUACACGCACCCGGAUUUGUUGGCAAGAUUUUGUAAAGUAAACUUGUCGAACGCAAAAAAAUUCGGCCUGAUUUUUUUCCCAGGCCUAAUUAAUCUUACGGUGAUCAAGAGCCAUUAUGGCUCCUAAAUGUGAUCGAAGAUGAUUGCUAUUUUUUGGGUGUACAUAUAAGGCUAUCAACUUGAUGUAAGAUUUUGUUCACUCUUAGGCUGUUUGCAAAUUAUUUUUCUCUAAAAUCACUCAGCCUUUCCCUCAAAAGGCACAUGAAUUUGCUAUGUGCUCUAAAGUUAACUGAAUUGUGGAAUACAAGUUUAUUGUUUCAUUUAAAUUAUAAAUAUAUUAAUGGGAGCCUCGCUUUUAGCCCUGGCUAAAUCUAUAUAUUAGCAGUAGUACAUAUAUACAGUUAUAGAUUUUGUGUACCUCUAGGUCAUUUUAGAGAUCCUUAUCCUUUUUUUAAAGCUCAACUUUGAUGUCAGAAUCCUCACUUUGAACUUCACGUUGAACAAAAUGCACUGCUCAAACUCUCGUUAAUCAAACUAGAAACCAAACAAAUAGAGAAUAUUACACGGUGGCGAGAAGAUAUGAAUUUUAUGUUCGAGUGGCAAGAACAAUAUCUCACGAGUGAGCGCAGCGAGCGAGUGAGAUAUUGCUCUUGCCACGAGAACAUAAAAUUCAUAUCUUCGAGCUAACGUGUAAUAUUCUUUUUAUUAUAUAAACAUACUGAUGACGGCGUUUUUGAUGAUUUUCCGAAGAUUUCCGACCACCUUUCGAAGAUUUCCGAAGAUUUUUCAAAUUGUCCCGAAGACCAGACGAACGUUCCCGAACAUUUUCCGAGAAUUUCCGAAAAUUUCCGAAGAUUUCCGAAGGUGGUCGAGCACUUUCGAGGAAGACCCGAAGAUGUUUUGACGAUACACCAACGAAUUUAAGUACAAUUUAAGAGACAAACCUGAUGUCAGUGAAAUUAUCGAUAUCUUCACAUGUAAAAAUAUCGUAUUUUUACGUGUGUUCAGAUACCACAUUUCUCAGUGGUAGAAAUCCUUGUAAAACACUGCAGUUUAUAUAAUAAAUUAAAUAAUGUUGCUCUUUUUUGGGCGGCCAGGAAUCUGGAAUAAGAACCGGAACUAGAACCAGAACAGAGACUGCAGGAAACAGACCCGGAACAUUUUCUUUUGGGAAAAGGCUGACCAUAACCAGUUAUAAAAAUUAAAAUGUAUUUAAGGAGGUUUGCACCUAUUUUUCAAGGUCUCACCCUGCAGAAUUUUGGGUAUCCCUGUAUGGGGUAUCCCAGUGUUUUGGUUAUCCCCUACUCAAAUCAUUAUUGUAUCCCCUUCUCAUUAUAAUGUUUUUACUUAGUGUUGUGGGUACCCCAGAGUAUACCGAGGUCACUAGUGAUUUGGGUAUCCUUUGUGACUUUGCCAAAAUUUUUCUACCAUGUGUGCUGAAAAACUGUCCCCUCCUUAUGCAUGUAUUUAAGCUUUCUUUUUUUGCUUUAGGGGCCCUCUGGUAUACCAGGAAGAAGUGGCAUUGAUGGCACUAAGGUAAGUGUUGUGAGAAGUAAAAAAUCAGAUUUAACUUUCACUUUCUAAGAUCUCAUGCAGUGUGUAGAAGAUAUGAUGGACUGCUGGCUCAAACAAUAUUCUUUUCUGGCCAGGAGACAUAAAAUUCAUGUCUUUGAGCUCAUAUGUACUUCUUAUAAUAUUUAUGGAUAAUAAAUAUACAUGGAUGGUAGAGAUUGAAAGGCUGGGUUUACCACAACUAAUUACAAAUUACUUUGCAUUUGUACUUCUAAUCCCGAUAUUCCAUUCCCUUAAUUGGAAACAAGCUUUGACCUUGUGAUAAAUAAUAAUAAUAUGUGUAAUAUGUGUUACAUUUAGGAGACUAUUUCAGUGAAAGUUCUCCUGAUAUGUGUAAUAAACAGCUCACGUCAUAGAAGGUGCUUUGUACGGGGUUAUAAUAUUCACUUGUUUGUGUCAAAAGCCCUCACUCGUUGACACAAACAGCUUGAGAAUAUAACCCUGUACGUUGCACUUUCUAGGGCGUAAACUAAAUGUAUGAUGUACCUAUUUAACUUCACAGGGAGACCAAGGUACACGUGGAAGACAGGGACUAAGUGGUGAUCCUGGCCCAAAUGUAAGGGCACAUUUUUUGUGUGUGAAAAGUGUGAAAGUGAUGAAGUUAUGUGCUUGAGAAUGGCUUGCUUGGUAGGAGUGUGGUUAUUGUUUUGCCAAGACAAGGGCUCAUUACAAUUAAACCGGGCUGGCUUGCUUUGUUGCUGUAGAGAUGUCUAGACAUUAAGUUCAGACAACAAGCCAGGCAGCCUUGUGAGCUAUGAUCCCAAUAUCAUGUUCGGUUCCCAGGAUACUGGCUAACCAACUUGGGAAAUCAAUUUUUCCCGUAAUCACACGUAAUGAAUCAAACCAGCAGCAGAACAGUGGAUAACAUCUCUCUGUGAACACUCGACGGCUCCUGGCCUGCUCAUUUCUUGUCUCACAGAGAUGUUGCCUUAGGAAAGUGCGCAAUAGUCACCCCCUGGGGCUAUGUUUAUGGGGAAAGGUAAACUGUUUUCAAUAAGGGCUGUUAUUGGUUUUGACAACAAUAAAUAAAAAACCAAAACAAUGGCCUUAAUUCUAAUAACAGUAGGAGGCUGUUAUCCAUGUAGACCAAUAGCACGCUACCCAGUCUGCUUUAUCUUCAUUAUCUUCCUUGGUUUUUAUACUCUUCAAUAUUUCUCGUUGUAAUUAUUACUAUAUUUUUGUCACUCCCUACUGGCAAUGGAAAAUUAAUAGAGAACUUUGGCACCUUUAUUGACAAAAUAUGUUAUGUAUUUCAGCAUUAUUGUUAAUUAUUUAACCACGGUAUUUCUUUUAAAAGGGAACCGCAGGUCCCAAAGGAUCUGCUGGACCACAAGGACCUGCUGUAAGUAAUGUUUUGAAUAUUUACUGUUGUUGUUCCUUGGUAAUGUAGUUGUUACCUUAAAAUUCAUAAAAUCAAGACGCAAGCUCCUGUUGAGCAUCCCUUUGUAUGGGGAAUUAAAUUCUGUCUUUAUACUAGAGGACAAACUUAGGACAGUCUGCCCAGGAGCAUCUGGUAAUCUUGGAGGAAGUCUUCAAGAACUCUCAACGGACAUGGCACCAAGAAUAAUCACGCCAAAUGUACAUAAUAUAGUUCCUGGUGCAUUGUCUUGAUAUACACAGAAAAAAUUCAAUGUACAUAGCAUGAGUUGAGAGGUUUGUGUUUGUCACAAAGCUGAUAUGGGAGAAAGACAAACUGGUUAUCACCUUUCACCUUCUGUGCGCAAAAGGACAUGCCUUGAGAGUUAACUGAAGAAAGCAGCAGUGCUUUUGUAAAGAGGCGUGGGCAGUUAACCCUUCUCCUUUGUUAACCCUUUAAGUACCAAGAGUGACCAACAUACAUUUUCUCCCAACGACAUCAAUAUAACACCAAGGGAAAAGGUUAUGAGGAUUAAUAAAUCGAUCACGAAAGGGGCAGGCUUCGAUCUUAGACAAAAUAAACCUCUAAAUAAAUCAUGUCUGUCUUAUUAAGUAAUGAUCUGGAUAAGGUGGAUAGCAAUUUCUUUUGUUAUGUGGCAACGGUGCUUUCCCCACAUAGGAAUGUUCUCAUUUUUUACACAGAAAAUGCAUAAAUAUACGUGAAGGCCGUUAACGCAAUAAAAUGCAUUUACGCUCCACUUUGAAAGGGUGUUUUUUUGUGUUAAAAGAUUUUGACCAAUCACAAGAGUUGAAAACAAUAGCCAAGAAAAGUUUGCAAUUUUACAUGUUCCCCACAUAGGAUUUCUUAAUUGUUAUUCAGUCUGAGACCAGAUUUUGUUAUAUGGAAGAUGGUUGGAAAGUGAGGAUGAAUGUAUGUACCGCUUUAUGAAGUUUUGUUAACUUUUGCUGUUUAAGCCAAUCAGAAGUAAGUACAGGCAAUAGAAACGUAAGCACCUUUUUUGCAUUCCAACAUGUUCGUUGCCGUUGUUGCUAUCGUUCUUAUCUGGACCGUUUCUUAAACUUAAUUUUCCAUUCUAGAGGCAAGAGGUUGAUGAUGAGAGAAAUCGUUAAAUAGUAUGUCUCUUUCACUGCUUGCCAGUGCUUAAACUGGAGAGUGCAGAAAUAUUUUAGUUAUCAUAACUGUAUCCCAAGAACUGAAGGGUUUACCAGUUUUAGCAGCAUGAAGGCAGUGAUGGACUUAAGUGUUCGCUGAAAAUGCCGAUGAACAUUCUUUAUCAACGCUCGUGCAUGUUACUGCAGUGGGUGUGUCAGAUGUGAGGUGGAGUUAAUUGAUAUCCUGAAUGAACUUUAGGUUGUGGAGAUCAGCCUUUUAUUGGUACAAUUUGGUUGAAAGUUAACCGUUUAAACGUUUACCUGUGAUUGCAGGGAGCACCAGGAACAAAUGGUGUCCAAGGCUCUGCUGGUCCAAUAGGGACCAAGGGAAACAAUGGCUUACCAGGACCACCAGGUCCAAUGGGAGGAAGGGGAUCAAGAGGACCCCAAGGACAACGUGGGGGACGUGGUGAGCCUGGAGCUCCAGGUCAAAAUGGUGCAACAGGUGCCCCAGGAACCAAAGGAGAACAGGUUAAGAUUUAUCUUGUUGGUAAUUAACUUCAGAAUUAAAAAAAGUGGCGGUGAAGACUGGAGUGUAAAUGACUGUAAAUAAAUGGAAAUGAUUUAUUUGAUUUUCUGUCUUCGCCUGAGCAGUUGAAAAACCUUUUAGGUGACAAUUCAUUUGAUAAUGUGGAAUUACAGCACAACAUGUACAGGAACAUCUUAAAGAUAAAUGAGUGCUCCAGUCAUAUGCAGUUUUAGCACCAAAUGCUCAAAUUAGGUUUGCUGGAAAAUUUUGCCAUGGCAAAUGGCUAGUGCGCAAAAAGCAAAACUACUGCCGUGAAUAGUGUAUUUUUCAUUCAGCUGGUUGGGAAGCUUUCAGAAGAUGGGAACAUCACAUUUCCACCGCUUCCGUUACAGCAAAGUGCUAGCAUCCCCUUUUAAUACUAAGAUGAAAUAAUCUAUUGAUCUAAUAUCUAUUUGUUUUGAUUGUGCUCAGGAGAGAAAAGGAUGUCUUGUAGAAGCUGGCCACUAUUUGAAUUCUAGUCUUAAGUUAGGGGUAUCAGUUUUACAGAUUAUAACUCUCACAUUUUGACAUUUCUUUACCUUAGGGCGGAACAGGUCCAAUGGGUCCUUCUGGCCGACCAGGAAAUGCUGGAACAGAUGUUAGUGAGAUUAUUAAUGUUUCUGUUUCUGUUUUUUUAAAUAUACAGCUGUCGAUGAGCCCCAUUUGUCAGUCGUUGUUCUCAGCUGACUUUGGAGACGAGAACCCUGAAGUAUCAUCUUGAUACCAAAAAAAAAAACAGUCUUUGUGAAGCGUAGACAAACGAUAUAUAAUUCAUGAGAUUCAUUUGAGGGAGAACUACUGUACAAGAUUGCGAGCACCUGUAAAAUCUAGUACCCUACUGGAUGACAACUGUCAUGUGAUGAUACACCAGUGAUGCUUCAAAGUGUACAUGUGCUAAUGUGAAAAUGCAGACAAGGAGCUUGCAUGAUGCAACCUUCAUUUUCAAUCUUGUAUUCUGCUUGAUUUUAGGGACGCCCCGGUGUUCCUGGUGAUCCUGGAAGACGCGGUGAACAGGUUUGCAGAAAAAUUAUGUUAACCUUCUUGGCCCCUUAAUAUUUCAAAGUUGUAGCCAUGUUUUGAAACAAUCCACCUACAGUGUGUCAAACUCACGCCACACUCACGGAAGCCAAGUGCUCUCCACGAUGUGUCCUGCGUUUCAUUUUAGUCCUCAGCUUCAUCAUAUUUCAAACGCUGCUUUGCACAUCUACAUGUAUUUAGAGUCACUUUGUUUUCAUUUAUGAAACUAAUGCUUUCCUAUUUUAGGGAGCUCCAGGAAAACCUGGAAGACGAGGUCUUGAAGGUGCCAAAGGAUCAGGGGUUUGUACUACUACUGUUCUUUGUCUGUACAUGAAUAUAAUUUACCCUUGCACAAACAAAAAUAAAUAAUGAUUCCUUGUAAAAUAAUUAGCAUCAUGUACUGUAAAAGAACCCCUGAAAAGAUUUCAAUUGAAUGGUGAGAGUAUAUGAUGUCACUUAGGGACUUACUAGUGAGGAAAGUUAAUAUUCAAGGAUAUACAAUAUGGUACUUUACACUUUGCCUCCUGAAGAUUGUUUUUUUGAGGAAGCUAGGUUGACACUUGAUGGUUCAAGAACUGAUAAAACCGUUGGUUUCCAAGUGAUUCCACUUUCCUGAUAGAAUUGCAGAGUGGAAAAUUGGAGAUCGUGGAGAAAGCCUCUGGGAGCAGAGAAGAGAACUAACAGUAAACUUAACCCACAUAUGGUGUCGACGCUGGGACUCAAACCCAGGUCACAUAUGUGGGAGGCGAGUGCUCUCAAAACUGUGCCUUCAAUCUGUGACCCCUCCUCCCAGAACUUCUUUCUUUAUCUGUGGUGAUGUUUGCAUUUAAAACAGAACUAUUGAAAGAACUGUUGCCUGAACUGAUUCACCUUAAUAUUUGUUUUUUAGGGUUCACGGGGAUCCACCGGAGGACCUGGCAAGCCCGGUCAAGCAGGAAAACGAGUAAAUACCGUGUUUAUUCGAAUAAGCGCCCAAAAUCGAAUUAGCGCCCACCUCGAAUAAGCGCCUAUCUUAAAGGCAAAAAAAGUUAAUAAGCGCCCAGCCUCGAAUAAGCGCCCACCCCACCUCCCUCCCACUCCCAUUUAAACUCAAAUAAGCGCCACCCCUUUCCCCGUCCCACCCCCCCAAAACUGAAUAAGUAAUAAUAAGAGACCUCCCCUAAGACGGAGUUUUCUUCAGAGUAUUUUACAGAAACCUUGCUUUGUUACAUCUUCGCGUUUUGUUAUUACCAUUUAUUAUUUUGUUGCAAAAUAACCAUGCUACACUUGCUGAAAAUGUUGGAAAUUUAAUAAACGCCCAGCCUCGAAUAAGCGCUCACUCUUAAGGUCCAAUAAAUUAAAUAAGCGCCCAGGGCGGUUAAUCGAAUAAUACGGUAGCUCGAUUCGCAUGUCAACUGCCCAUCCGCACCUCCUAAUAAUAUACGAGUUAACCACGGCUACUUCUCAUUUGCUGUUUCUCUGAGCAGUGUCAUUAUUAACCUCAAAGUUGUCAAAGCAACGUAAUGACAUCAUUACCUAUUUUACUUAUAUUCAUAUUUCUUGGAACUGGGAGGUUCUUUCCAAAAUCGUUCACUGUUGUUAUUGUUCCUCCAAUAGCAGCCUUAUUUUUUUUAUGGUUAAGUUUGAGCAAAAUCUAUGCGAGUGUUAUUGAGACUUUGUUUUCAAUAUUCCUCAAAGUGAAUAUUACUACAUACUAUGUUCUCAGAGUUGAAUUUAGGGACAAAUCGUCUUUUUCUGUUAAACAGGGACAACCCGGAAGGCGGGGGUCUCCAGGCGAACUUGGUCCACCAGGUCCAACGGUAAGCUUCACUAACACUGCUUUAUCUAAAGAGAAACCUUUAUUUAUUCAUAUCAGGGUAGUCCGUUCAGCACUGCUAUCAAUUGGGGCCCUGAUAAAAAUUAAAAUGAUAAAACUAAUAAAAACUAUACAAUCAUACUAAAAUACUCUAAUAAAUUAAUAAAUUAUACUAAAAGUUAAUCUUAAAAUAUGGACUGUAUACAGUUACAGUGCACAUGAAUAAAAUGUUAAAACAUGAAAAAUUUAACCUAUUAAAAAUUACAGAACCACAGUAAUAAAGAGAGGUUUUGGCUGAGUCAGUUCUAACCCUAGGCAAGUACAACAUGUUCAUUUGCCUCGUGAUUUGAUUGUGGGCGGAACUUUUAAAAGUAAAAUAGUUUUUAAAAAAAUGCGGGCAAUGUCCUUUUAAUGCAUCUUUUGACAAGUUCAUUAACAUGGCUCUCUCGUCUAGUUAACAGGGAUUGCCACUGAGGAUAAUUCAAAGCUCUGUCACUGUCGCUCAUUUUUGAAACAAUUUUAGCGGCACGUCUUUGAAGCCUCUUAAGCGACGAACUGUUCGGGAUAAUACAUACUCAACAUGAGAAUUCCAAGAAAUAUGUUCAUCAAUUACAACUCCUAAAUACUUGAAUUCAAAACCACGCUUAAUGGGUCGGCUCUUAAACAGUAUAUCAAAAUCUGCGUCAGAAAGCCAAGCGUGAGUUCCGAAUAACAUAGCUUCAGUCCUAUCAACAUAGCUUCAGUCUUAUAAACCGCGUUUAUGGACCCAACUGGGCUUCACAUUAUGGUCUUGUCUGUCGUAUAACCCUUUCACACCCAAGCUAAAUCAAGCUAAAAUCAAAAACAUGAGUAAGACCUCCACUAAACACAUUCAUUUGCUGUGGAAAGUGAAUAGAUUAGGAAGAUUCUUUCUAGCAACCACCUUUUAGUGGAUCUUACAGGGCUCUUGAUCAGUUACUGUGACGUUGUCCGUAAUGAUCUUUGUGUGACCACAUGUUCUGUUGCAAAUUGGUUUACAAAAAAUGCUAAAGAAGGCUGUUUGGAUUUGCUUUUAGGGACCUUCUGGAACCCGUGGAUACACAGGAGCGGAAGGGAGGCCAGGACUCAAGGUAGGGUGAAGUGCUUACAGCAAAGUGGUCGUUUACUUGGCAAAUUGAAUGAACAAAGAUGUGUGUUUAUAAUGUUCCUCUUUGUUUAGUUUUAUUCCUGCCAUGGUGUUACUCAGUCUGCGGCCAUUGCUAGCAGCUCUCGACCCUUUUUUUCAUUCAAAAAAGACUUUCUUUAAUCUAUACCGCCAAGGAACUGUUUGUUUCUCGAGCGUAGGAUAAGUUGUACCGUUAUCCAAGGAGCUAGAACUAAAUAAGAAAGGAGCAGAAGAUCUGCGUGGGUGACAGUGUUUACAAUAAUGAGUCAAAGGAAAGCCAUUGUAAAGUCCGAUCAGAUCGCUCACCCAUUACUUUAUUAAACUCAUGAAAUGAAAGAACAUAAAAAAGACAUCUAUAUAAAAAGGUUAUGAAUACAAAUAAGUUUGUAUUAAGAGAUCAUUCUACAGUUAAAUACAUAAGAUUUGUGAUUGGGUUACAAAGGUGAUCAUGUCCCUCAAAAUAAUUAACAGUUAGGCAUGUGCAGAAUAUUAUUUGCAGCCAAACACAGUUGGACGGCAUUGCGCAUGAGCAGACCAUUAAUUGUAGGCAGUUAUUUGCAGGUCACGUGGUGGGGUCUCGGCCAAUGAAAACAAAAAAAAAUUUGCUUCGAAUGAUAAUACUUUCUAUUUGUUUGUUAUAGCUUUUAUUAGUAACUAACCCAGCUUUAUAAAGCCCCAAAAUAGUUUUUGCUCUUUAUGAGUACUAUACUUACAGUGCGGACACUUAAACCGGUAGGAGAUCGUCCUAUCAGAACGUUGCCUGAAACAAACGAUUCUCAAGAUUUUUUUUUUGCGAACGGACAAAUUAACUUAUAAGGUUCAACUAUGCAACCGAAACUUUUAAAACCGUUUGAACUUAAGUGACAACUCAGAAAUCAGCCCUCAAAUUUAUGGGUUAUUGGCCUGUCUGCUAAACUUGAGAAUCUUUUGUUUUCAGAAAACAUUGUGAUUGGACAAUCUUCUUUUGAGUGUCCGCUCUGUAAAUGGCUAUUUUUGCCUUUCGACACUCAGUUCGCAUAUGCGUUUAAGAGUGUCAUUUAAAAUAUCUACAUUUUUUUAAGUGCAGUCCAAAAUGCUUUGUAUUGAGCUAUUGUUACAUCUGGUAAAUACAAAUAAUUGAAGAAUAAGUAUUUUAUUAAUUAAUUGGCUAAAAUUAUGCGAAAAGGAAUAACGUAGAUAGUAAAAUAUUCAGUUGAAAAACGUCUUAAAAAUCGUUAUUAGUCUCUCCUUAUUUUGUUUCUAGUGGGCAUUUUAUAUGCUCAACUAGGCAACCGAUUUUAUUUAAAGGUUUUCCACUGUCAUUUUUAGGGCGAUAGUGGGAAAAAUGGACAACCUGGACAAGAUGGACUAAAAGGAGAACUGGUAUGUGCAUGCAGUGUUGGGUAAAUACAUUAAAAAGUUAACAUCAUCAUCAGGAAAUAAUUGAGUGGUGAAACAAAAUCAUCUUGCAAGAAUGAAUCAUGUACGCCGUAUUUUGCUUUGCCUGCACUGCUUGUUUUGCUCAAAAUCUGAGUUUGCUCAGUCAGAGGAGGUAUCAGGUCAGAAUUUCGUACAGGUCAUGGAAAACCUGCAAAGUCAUGAAAUUCGAGAUUUCAUUUUCCAUGCCUGGAAAGUCAUAGAAUUUAAUUGUGGUUCAUGGAAAGUCCUGGAAAAUUAAAGUUAUGUCAGUUAAAUAGAUUAGAGUUCGUGUCUGUUAAAGUGAAUUAGGUCAAAAAAUAGCCUAAAAACGGAAGUUUUUGAAAGUUUUGGAAAAUGACAGGAAGUCCUAAGGUCAUGGAAACCUUGAAAUGGACAUGGAACAGUCAUGGAGAGUCAUGGAAGUUGUAGAGCUCAAAAGAGUGCGAACCCUGCAGGUGCUUUCAGAUAUAAAAUUACUUACAUUUAAAGGCAUAAAUAUUUUUUAGGGACCUCAAGGAGAACCUGGAAAUCCUGGUCGACCAGGCGUAAGGGUAAGUAUCUGAAUCUUGCUAUUUGGAUGAGACUCAUCCUUCACUAGCUAAAAGUGUUUUACUCUGCCCUGCUCUGCGCUUUUUUAUUUUUGAUAUGUGGUAAAUGCGUUUGUUUGCUUUUCGUGGUUAAGUUCCAGUUGUUUAAGUUGUCAAUGAACCAUUUUAAUUAAUGACAUUUUUCCUCGUUGGGAACAUAAUGAAGUUUAGACUAUUAGUUUCGUGAAGAACGAUAAGUUCAUAUUUUGGACGUAGUGUCUUAGGCAAGUUCAACUCUGCAUUUGUUUUGUAAUUGCAUUUUGAAGGUCAGGCUCAGCUUAUGUUCAACUCACUCUCUUAAUUUUAAGAUGAAAAAUUGAGGGUGUCAUAUACUACUUGUGUUCCGGUAGUUUUCACAAUGGCCCCCCUAAAUUCUCAGAUAAUACCAGAAGGUCGCCAGGAGCCAAACCAGUGGGCUAUAUAUAAGCGCGGCUGAGGAGCUGAUAAUCGACCGCCGCCUGGUUCGCUCAGUUGGGAGAGCGUCGGUCUGUCGAGCAAGAGGUCGCGGGUUCAAACCCCGGCCGGACCAACACUCAUGGUCUUUAAAUAACUGAGAAGAAAGUGCUGCCUUUGUAAUGACAUCUGCAAAUGGUUAGACUUUCUAGUCUUCUCGGAUAAGGACGAGAAACCGUAGGUCCCAUCUCACAGCACUUUCACUGAUUUGUUCUUGUGGGACGUAAAGAACCCCCAUCACUAUUCGAAAACAGUAGGGGUCGUAGACUCCGGUGGUGUGGCCAACCUUUACGGGUUGUGGGAUUGGGUAGGGAUGGCACCUCGCACGGGACCUGAGUCCCGUUCGUGCACAUCCCUCUGGGUUGGCCUGUGUCCAGAAAAGCUGGUAAAUAAAGCUGGUAAACAAAUUAAUCAGGUCUACUGUGAAACAAAUCCUCCCAAUCCAGCUGGUGGGACAGCUAGUAGUCAAGGCUGGACUUGAACGCGGAACCGCCGCGUUAUCAGCUACUUGCACUCUGACCACAGGGCCACACAGAGUCUCCUGACCCACACCUCACGUCACUUUUUGUAAUGAUUACUAAUUCCGUGAAAUGGCAAUUUCUUUAGGGUGACCCAGGUGCUCAGGGAAAAAGUGGAAAGCCAGGUUUACAAGGAGCUCCAGUAAGUUGACCGGCGUUUUUAAGGGUUUUAAGUUAAACUUGGCCUUCUCGAAGCUCACUUGUAACCUUUCAAGUAUAGGUACACUGUAUUCACGUUAAGAUUCAGGUCACAGGUCGAAAGUUUAUAUUAGUUUUACUGGAUAUGCCCUGCUAGUAUGUUUGGAAUUAAGUGCUAAGGAUAUGAAACGACUGGCGGGAUUUGUUACUUCUCAGUAACCCUGCUUCUCAAUUUAUUCGUCCUGUUGUUGUCAGUGGUUUUAACGUGACUAGAAGACUCAAGGAUAUUUUCAAUGAAUGAUAUUAACCUCAUGCUGCUUUCCUUUUCUACCUUCAAAGGGCCAGGAUGGAGAAAGUGGUAGAGCUGGACUUCCUGGACCUGCUGUAUGUUAGAUUCAGUAACUUAAACUUUAUUUACGUGGUAAAAAAGUUUCAACUUUUUUGUGGGGAAAAGCUUCAAGGAAAGAAGUCUAUUGAACCUUUUUCCUUCUAUAAGGUUUUCUUGGCAAACGUUACAUUCUACGUAGAAGACGGUAUAUUUUUUUAAUUUUCAAAAUAUAUUAAGUGCAAUUUUUUUCUUUGUUUCAAACGUUUUGUCUUUGCUGGUAGAUGUAACCAUAUUUAGACAAUAAGUCCUUGAACAGCUACUGACCUGGAAAUGUUUAGUCCUCUCAGCUUUCUGCCUUAGGAAAAUUUGCAGUCGUAUUUAUUUGAAACAAAUGAAAGUUUAAUUUUAUUUGAUGUUCUUGUUUUUAGGGUGUCCCUGGUAUGCCGGGAGCAGAGGGUUUCAAUGGUAUGAAAGGAGCUGAGGUAGGUGUCCUUGCCGUUGUUGCAUUGGUCAUUGGAUGCUGUAGAGUAUCAUUUACACCCAUACGCACAGUGCGGCCUUUCGUAGAACAGUAUUUCUGAGUUAUUUAGCUGCAGAAGUAGUAUUUUACUGGUAGGUAAAAAAAUAUAUUUCCUCAAUGAACUUACAACAAAGUCUUGAAAAUGCAUUUGAUAAAUCUCCCACAUACUCUCAAUUAAGCCUCAAACAGAGCUCUCCCUAAGCCACCUCUUUCUUUUACAAAAACUAAUUUUCAUUUUUAUCCAACUGAUUUGGUAAAUACUCAAAAAAGUCUCCCCCUCGGGGUCGGUAUAUGGCGUCUCGGUAUUUUAUCCAUCAAUAUUUACCUUCCCUUUGGGGGACAGUUGUAUAGUACUUGCCCUUGUUGUUCAAACGUACGUUAGAUAGCGCUGUUCUCAGGAUAAAUCCCUAUCUCGGGGCUAAGUAUUAGGGAACUCAAUCGUGCAAUCUCCUAUUGAUCCGGUGGAUAGCGUUAUCCACCUUUUGAACGAAUGGGGCCAGAACUAGAAGUUGCCAAAAUCGCUGUCCAGCGGCUAAGUAUUAGAGAAACCAAUUGUCCUGUGCUAUCCACCUUUUGAGGUGCUAGGGCCAGAACUAGAAGAUGCCUUCUGAUGAAAAUGCUGUUGAUUUUGUAGGGAAAUACGGGUAGAGAUGGUGAUCGCGGAGAUUUGGGACCUCAAGGAUCCAAGGUAAGCCUCUGAUCCAAGGUACUGUAAAAUAAUAAUAAUAAAUAAUAAAUAAUAAAAUAUUUAUAUAGCACUUAUACUUUUCAGUGCUAAGCGCUUAUGUAUACCCUCUGAUAAAAAUACUUCCACCAAGGUUUUCGAAAAAUCAUCCAAGUAUAAAGAUGUGGAAAUAGAAAUGUUGACCAGAAUGUGGAAGAUGAAGACAGAAAUAAUCCCAGUAACAAAUGUUCCUUAAAAAAUAAUAGAUGAAUCAUGAGCAAAAGUGCCGUGUUUAGGUUAAAGUUAUCCUUUCCAAAAAAUAAUCCCAGUUGUCGUAGGUGCGUCAUCAUCAUCGUCGUCGUCGCCCUCCUCCUCCUUCUCCUCCUCAUCAUCAUCGUCAUCAUCAUAACAUUUUGAUAUUUUUGGAAGUGCACAGUUAUCAGCAGUUCUUGUUACUGCUCGUAUCUUGAUAGUUACUGAUUUUUCAGCGCUUCAGCGAUCUACAGUGUAUAGUGCAGUUGAAAUUUAACUUAUUUCAUCAGAAACAUUAAAAUGUUAUAAAACUUGACAAUUCGUUGCACCAGUUUGAAUCAAAUUGCUGUAGUGUUAUUUUUAGUGUUCUUACCGAUUAUACAACAAGUGGAGCUAAUGGGAUAGCAUCCGAGCGGAUAUCGGAGCGGUUAUCAAGGAAAAGGAAACUUAGUUCGAGUUUGCGGGGAAUUCGUGUUAUCCGAGUUCGAGUUAACCGAGUAAAAAUGACUGAAAAGUGAGGUGAAAUCCACGAAAAAUAGGAUUUAAUUUGAGAUAACGAGGAAUUCGAGUAAUCCGAGUUACCGAAGUUCUACUCUAUCAUUGAGUGAAGCAAUAUUUUUCAUAAAUCACAUGUGCAGUAUACUUUCAAUCGUGAUGUAACAAAAUUAGUUACUAAUGUUAAAAUCUGCCUAAUUGCACGUACCUAAAAUUGAUGUGAUUUGUACAUUUUAUUCUGUUUUAUUUCAACUUGUUGAUGUACCGUAACUGUUUUGUAGGGUGAGCGAGGUGCGCUUGGUGAGGCCGGCAAACCAGGUUCUCCUGGCUUAGCGGUAAGGUUGAAUUAGUAUAUUAUUAAUGUUAGUGCAUGUGCCAAAGUAGAAAUGGAAUGCAUGACUACCGAUAUAUUGUAAAUUGCCCGUGAUAGGUCAUCAACUAUCUUUCAAACAAGCGUAAAAAUUUAGUUUAUAAUGCGAUAGAUCCUUAGAAAUCAGAGUGUAGGCUUUCUUUUCAAACACGUCUUGGGUGCCUUUAAAUUUGUAAAGGGUUUUGUGAUGAAACGAUUUUAUUCUUUCAAGUAAACGGUUAUAAUUUGACAUGCUGUGCUAAACUUUAAAUAAAAUUGUGGUUCCCGUUUAUAAUGUGUGUUAUAUUUUGUCCAUGCCAAAUGACUGCUUUUACUCUAAGAAGAAAUGGUUGAAUGUUCAGUUACUACUUGAAAGGAAUUUAGUGAAUUGUCACAUCAUAGUCCGCAAACACAGGUUCGUUACGAAAGUUCUGCACGGGUUGCUUUUCGAUGUCUUUAACCCUUGCACUGCCAAACGUGGCCAAAGGCAAAUUUCGACCAAAUUUCCAACUUUCAUUCUCUAAACGUUUGAGAAAUAGAUAGUAUCACGUGUAAGUACAGGCAGAGGGCUUUCAUUUGAAUGGUCACAUCAUAGGAUUUUGUCCACAGACUCAAAAGUUAGAACUACAUCCCAAAUAAAUAGCACCAUGUGAAAGUACAGGAAGAGAGCUUUCAUUUGAAUGGUCACAUCAUAGGAUUUCGUCCACAGACUCAAGAGUUAGAGUCACCCUACAAAACUCUAUCAAACACUCUGGCAGUGAAAGGGUUAAAAGAGAACAUGACUAUAUUGAGACGUCAUUGAUAAUUGAAAAAGUUGGAUUAACAGUUAAGUGAUUUCUGUACAAAGUUAUAUGCUUUCCGCUCUCCGUCAAUUCCUUUUUCCUUUUUUGCCCUAGAUGUAGUGUAAUUAAAAUAAAACUAUGAUAGAAAUAAGAAUUUUUUUUCCUUCCUUUCCUCUCCUUUCACUUUAUUCUUCUUUUAACUGGGACGCCUAGAUUCGCAAUUGCUAUUUUGUAGGCCAGUCUGUGUUGUAAUUACUAUUUUUAUUAAAUAAAGUUGAAGUUACGUUAGAACUACAUUAAAAUUAGCCGGAGAGCAGUAGCCUUGAAAUAACUUAUUUACUUUUUAGGGUCGUCAAGGAGAUAGAGGUGAUAUAGGAAUGCAAGGAAGCCAGGGACCACCGGUUUGUAAAUAACUAUUAUUAAAUAAUUAAUAAUUAAUUGUAAAAAAUUGUUAUUAGAUAUUGACUGGACAGUGAUUGUAGGUAACAUGACUUGAGUUUUCUUGAUAGCUAGGCGCACUAAUUUUUCAGGUGAAAAAUAGUACAAUGAAGAUUUUUCGGGUUCAAUAUUUUUCGAGAGUACGCGAACAAACUUUAAGUUACUUGAAAAUCUCGUACUCGUAGUCGCCCUCGUCCUCAAAUCUAAAGCUCUCUAAUUUCAUCUAAAAGACAAAAUGGAAAGUAAAACCGAAAGAACUUUUGAUAAUGUGUGAUAAUUACAUACUUGUAAUAAUUGCAUAAUUAUAUUAAAUUAUAAUUGCGUAAUAAUUGCAUAAUUAUCCUACAAUUAGAACUCUAAGUGGUAGCCUUGAUAUUAAUCAUCUUUUUUAUGUAUAUGUUCAGGGACCACCUGGCAUUCAAGGUCAAUCUGGUGCUCCUGGAAAAGUGGGAAAUCCGGUAGGUUAUAUGGCAACAAGUUAAGGUAAAAGUUAUCGAUUCUAAAGCUCAUCUGUAAAAUGUUUCAUAAUGUUUCGCCCUCCUGCAGUUUUUAAACUUAUGCUAGGUGGCAUGAUGGCAUAUAAGGAUAGUCGUCGGCAACUCCUACAAUCAUCUUCAGAAUCUUCAUAUACUUCGCUAUACCUUCGUUACAGUCAGAUACAUCGCUUAAUUCCACAAAACCUAAAGCAAUGAGAAGAAUCGGAAGCGAAGGAUGAGCCAAUCAACUGGCGUCACAUGACGUCAUCGGCCUUUCUUUGAUCCUCUACUCGUCCCCAGUCUCUGGGACAUUUCUGAAGAGGAUAAAGCGUUUUUCUGUUGGCCAUAAAUUUUUGGGAGGCAUUUUUAAAGUUCAGACCAAAAUCAGUUUGAAAAAAGUUCAUGUCAUAAGCACUUUAAAUGGUUGGAAUUGAACUUCUUCAGGCCCCAGUUGUUCAAAAGGUGGGAAACUCAACCACUGGAUAAAUCACUAUUCACUGGAUAGCGCAACUGGUUUCUCUUACACUUAUUCCCUGGACAGUGACUUAUCCGGUGGGUAGCGCUUUGAAGCGUUUGAUCAAGCAGGGCCAGAUGUAGUCGAGUAGCUUCUCUUUGUAUGAAUAACUUCCAUGUUGAACCAUUUUUGUCCUUUUAGGGAAUUCCUGGAACACGCGGCAAGGAUGGUACACCUGGGCAGAGGGUGAGUCGAAACUUAAAUUCCCGAGAGUAAUCAACAUCGAUUUUCUCCCUACAAUAUGAAUAUAUGAUCAAGAACAAAGGUGAUGAGAAUUGUUUAAAUAAUCACCAGAUGGAAAAUACUUUGAUUUCGUAUCAAAUUCUCUCUGUAAUUUUCAAAGAAAUGUAUGGAGAUCAGUCUGGAGAGUUUGUAUAGGGAUCAUUAUACAUUUCUGGGAAACUACCCACCUACCCCUCCCCUAAGCCAACAUUAACACUAACUUCUCACGUAGGGCAAAAUGUUGGCUUAGGGGAGGGGUAGGUGGGCAGUUUCCAAGAAAAUUAGCGUUUUUGCCUCCCACCGAUGCUGGAGUACAUAAUUAACAGCUGAUUUUUCCUUACAUAUUGCCUUCAAAAAGCCAAAAAACGUAGAGUUUGUUUAGGUUUACCAGCUGUUUUAAAUUUUGAAUUUUCAUCACCGUUACCACCGCCACCACCAUCAUCAUCAUGGUCAUCUUUAUCGUCACUAUUGUUAUUUUUAUUAUUAUUAUUAUUAUUACUAUUAUUAUUAUUAUUAUUAUUAUUAUUAUUAUUAAUUGAUUGAUUGAUUGAUUGAUUAAUUAAUUUAUUUUUAGGGUGAACGUGGACCAAGGGGAGAACAAGGUCCUUCAGGGUCACAGGUAAAGUGUAAAGUCCUUUUGACUAAGCUUGCGUAAGAACUAAGCGGUCGUGAUUGUUUCAGCCAGUUAAACAUCUCAACGACUCCUCACAGUCUCGCAUUCAUUUGUCUUUCAGGAAAAAUUUUGGAAUCACUAGGUUGUGAAGAAAAUUUAGUCUUUUCUCAUAUGCAAAACACGGACAGUCGUCACUUUUUUCACAAGACGUUUCUUUGUCCGUAUGCGUUUUACACUUAAUCAGGCAUCGUAAUUCAAAUACUAAAACUUUUUAGUGAACUAUGUUAUGUGAAAAGUUGUAACUCAAGUCGAAAUCGUCAUUUUUGGAGAUUAUCUUCUAUACUUUUUUUGUUUGUUUGUUUGUUCUUAUUUCUUUUUCAUAUAUUGGCACAUUUUUGAUGCCCAUCAUGAGCAAAUAAACUGAUGUGUGCCUAUGAAAAUAGAUUCACCUUGUGAUUUUCAUAACCCUUGACUUAUGUUUUCACAGGGACCUCUGGGAAGAGAAGGCGAAAAUGGAAUACCUGGUGUUGACGGAUUACCGGUCUGUCUAUGUCAAAUUUAAUUACCUUUGCUUAAAUCCAGACAAAAGAAAUCUGUUGGGGGAACUUUUAUUAUCAAAUAACAAAUGUUCGGUUUUCAAUAUUUGGGAGCUUAAGCAAUCACAACAACGACAAAUUGAACAAAACAACCGCUUUGCACGUGUGAUCAUGGUUUUGGUUACAUUUCUCUGACGUCCACUGCACGACUACAACGUGAAACCUCCUAAUGCGACGUUUUAUUGAGGACGACGAAUCUUCCCUUCUCUUUUUGAACAUAGAUAAAGUCCUUAAGAAUUCAAGUCCAGGAAAAAUCGCCUACAGUUGACAAAUUGAGCGGGUCCAAUUUUGAUAAAUUUUGAAAGGACGCAACUUAAUUUUUUAGCGAGGUUUUCACUGUCGUCGUCGUGGUCGUCGUUGCCCACGCUCCCUGUUGCAAAUGAGUGCUUUCUCCCAUGACAUUUGUUAUGACAAGGAGUAACGGUGUUUGUUUGACCCUUUUUUGUCCCAUUUAUGUACUAGAAAUAUGCAUCUCGCAGCCCUGGCGGUCGAGGUUAGAAACUGGUUGGGUGACCAGCCACGAAAAUCCUGCCGCGAGGACUCCUACAUUUUUCUCUCUUGUCUUUUUCAUUAUUUGUUUCUGCGUUAUUAUCCUCGUCUAUUUAAAGUGUUUUGCAUCAAGUGAUUUUUCUUCAGGUCAUUUUCGCUAUGGUGGCCAUUCAAUCUGGCCAUUCUCAAAUUGAGCUUAUUUGAUUAUGUACAUGUAGUGGUUCAAUGUAAACCUUGGAUAUAGUUAUAUCUUCCCUUUUUUUAGUCAUGGUAGUGUAUAAUAAUGCAUGACUCUUAAACAAAGGAACAUAAAACUGGAACCAAGAACAAAAUUGAACCAGCAUAUAGCUGUCCAGAUUCAGUUCCCUAGGAUGUCUUGUUAUGGAAUGAAAAGAAUGAUUUCCCUCCGUAGCAAAUAUACCUGGAUCUCUGUGUGAGCUCUCCUGGGUAUUCCAAAACAUUACGUAACUCAACAGUUCUAACCAAUCAUUCCUUUUUUAACGCCUUUCUUUCGGUAAGGAAAUCAUAACAGCUAGCCUACGAGCAAGCUCUCCAUACGGGGGAUAUAGUGCGAAGUCGCGCGCGAGCGACACGCGACUCGCGUGUUUGCAGGCUACAAUUAGGAAACAAAAUGAUGUUGUUUUUUUCUUUUUUAAAGGGAGACCGUGGAGGUCCUGGAACCAUGGGACAAUCCGGGCCCGAGGGAGGACCGGUAAGACUAGCCUAUUACAGGCGCUCAGAUAGUGGAGACAGCGCAGAGAAAAAACAGGAAGGGGUGGGGGGGGUUAGGGAAGGGAAAGAGAGAGAGAGAGGGAGAGAGUGAAAGAACUAUCCAUUCCUCUUCUCGUCCUCUUCCUUUCUCCCGUUUUUCUAUUUCCUCCGCACUCCACUAUCUGAACACUUUAACAGGCCAGUAAGACUAAAGCAGUGCUUUUGCAUUUCCACCGCGGUCAAAUGUCUGAGGCGUUUUUUGUUUUAUUUAGUGGAAUUUUACAACAAGGAUUUUUAAAAUAAUAAGUUAAUGAAACUAUUGUUGCAUUUCCCCCAAAAUAAUAACCGUCUUUUCGCUCUUGCAAAUGCUCCGCGCUUGAGUGAAAUUAUGUUUACAAAUGGCGCGGACAGUAUAAUAGAAAGUAACACCAGUUUCAGUUUUAGUACACCUUUAAAAACGUUAAGGCUAUGCUCACAUUGACACUAUACCGGAUACACGUAAAGCUAUCCGUUAUAAUGUGAACACCUAUCCGAUAUGUGACUCUUUACUUUGGAGAUCGGCGGGGCACAGCUUCGCUUCGUUACAGAAAUCGCACCGAAAACACCGUUCUUAUGCGCGAGCAGAAGCCCGACCCGGUACGGUUUUCGUGCCGGCGCAUAGAUUGUUGUAUUCAAACUCGUUUGUAUAAUUAUCACUGCCCUUACAUUAUGAGGUCCAUUUUAUGAAGAACAUUUUUUCUGUGAAACUCGGCAAAUUUGUAGUCAUUAUCAAUGAUAAUAAUAACAAUAACAGUCUAUUGAGGUAUCGAUUAAAAGGUCAUUCUAAUUAUCUUCUCUUACAGGGAUUACCUGGAAUGCCUGGUUUGCCUGGAUAUUCUGGUCGAAAGGGGGAGGCUGUAAGUACAUUUGCCUUUUAUUUGGAUUUCUUACAACUUCUUUUUUUAAGUGAGUGACAGCAUCUGCAGUGCAUACACAUGACCUAUAUUUAGUACUGUGGAGCCUCGAUAUAACCCUUUAAGCCCCAAUAGCCACAUACAAAUUCUCCAAACUGAUCUCCAUACAUUUCCUUCAUGAAUGAGUUGAGAGAAUUUAAUAAAAGAUCAAGGCAUUUUCCCUUAGGUGAUCAUUUUAUUAAUUCUCAUAACCUAAUCUCUUGACAUUGUAUGGACAUUGUUAGGAGAAAAUUGACGUUAGUCACUAUUGGGACUUAAAGGGUUAACGAAAUGCUGAGAGACUGUCAAAAUCUGUUGCGGCUAUAACGAGGUUUCGUUAUAUUGAUCGAGGUUCUAUUUCAGAUGAUUUUACUAUUACUGAGGCGAAAAACACCGUUCGUUAUACCGAGGGCCUCAUUAUAUAAGGGUUCGUUAUUUUGAGGUUUCGCUGUAUUUCAUUGACUAGCCUGAUAGAUGUUUAAGUAAAUUUUCAACCAAUCAGCACUACCCAGAUCUGGGUAGUGUCGCGUCAUCAGUAUGGAAUUUCCUCACUCGUUUUCAGCAUGGUCUUCAUUAAGAAUUCUAGUAGCAGGAGAACGGUGGACCGUUUACAGGAGAAUAUUUUGAAAAAGGCUGCACGUCUGAAUAAAAAGUAGUCAUAGGCUACAGAACGUUAGAGGGAGAAGUCUUCGAAGUAAACAGCUAAUUCUCCGAUCUUCGAUGCCUAGUGAACACCCGGUGUUUCUCAGACGUCAUUUCUCGGGGGAACCAGUGGUGGCGUCACGAAAUGUUGACUGUUUUCUCAGGCUAUUCAGUGACAAUCCUAUUGGAUUCAUUGUAAAACGACCCGUGAGGUGUCUCCUUUAGGACCAGAAUAUUCCUCCUCCGUAGGUACAGAUUGUGUGUCAUUGCAAACGUAGAAGUAUGGCCGUCAUUUCGUACGUUUAAGAGUCGUAUAUGGAGCGCUUUCACAUGACGUCACGUAGGCCACAUUGGUGUUCCGAAACAAUGAAAAGGCGGCCAUGUUGGUGUCCUAAACCAGCCCUAUGAGAGUUGAAAUCUUUUCUUAAGUUAACACUUUCUUUUGUUCCAAUAAUUUGCAUAGAUGCUGGCCACGGGAGUGAAAACGCUCUAUAGAGUUUUUAUGGGCCCAAAUGGCGAGCUUAACAAAGACGUUUAAGGUUUUUUCGGUGCAGCAUAUGAGCAUUAUGUUGGUCUCUUACAGAAGAUAUGACCAAUGAAUAUCGCAGCUCCUAAUUAUUUUGCCAUGUCAUUCCCCUGGUAAAAAAUCAAAGUACCAAAAUUACUGUCAUCGAGUAAAAUUACACUGACCAAUAUAAGUAAGUUAAGUUAACUAAGUGGUAAGCUCGAAAAUGAGGAUAUCAGUGAAAAAAGAAACAGAACAACAACAAAAGAAAACAAGUAUCUAAACCAAAGUGUACCAGCAAAAGUGUUUGAGCUUACAAAUUCUGGUUGCUCCUCCAUGCCAAACAAUAGAAACAAAGUAGGAUGAGAAACCUAAAAACUACACGCAGAAAACACUGCCAAAAUAUUUGAAAUGCCCAGAACUAUGAAGUUUUUCACCCUAUCACCGAUCACUGGUGCUGGUGUAUACGAGCUCUCUUUCAUCUUCGCCUCACCCGAGACGAGAAAAGGAAACGAGAUUAACAAAUAAGACAUUUGCUAUCAUCUUUUUUUUUUUUCGCAUAGAAUUUGAUUUUAAGGUGAUUAGAAAAGACUUGCACUCACUUUGUUAUUGUUUUCAGGGGUCAAAAGGUAGCCCAGGUCUGCCUGGAGAUACUGGAAAAGACGGCGCCUCUGUGAGUACAGUGCACUUUUAAUGAUAAGUUUCCACCAACUGCCUAUUUCUUUCUUUACCACAAACACGACGAUUUCGACAUUGCUGUACGCAGGACGCAUGUCAUACAUGAACCUUGUAUAUGGCCGAGCUCGCUACGAGUCCUUCGUAGCUCAGUGGUUAGGGCAUGUGACUGGUGUCACACCAGUCAGAUGCCUUAACCACUGACGGAAGGUGUCAGGGACUCAGAUGUUUUCUUUGUCCCGUGCUCAUGACAUGUUGGUCACGUCAUUUCUCAUUUCUUCACCGAGCUUAAAAUUUACCGUCAUUCUUUUUUUGCCUAUUUGCAAUUUAUUUUCGCAGCUGACUUCGCGACGAAGUAACGGGUCACGAUCCCUUAUCGUUUUGAGUCCAUUUAUUCAACGUCAUCGUGGAUGGACAGUUUACGGUUUAUAAUUAUUGAAUGAGACUGAGUAUGAUGGGAAGAAUUAUGCAGAUCGAGGAGAGUGUUCGGCCGAAGUGGAUAGCAGCGUCUGAGAUCAGCAUAAUUCUUGAAAAGCCGAAUUGAGUAAUUGUUUCAUUACUCAUUCAAAAUAUCUCUACGUUCUUAACGAGCUUACCUCCUCCUUUUCUUGCUCCGGCCCUGAAAUGUUUCGGAUUUCUUCUUUAUACAUCUGCAUGACCUGGAACAGGAAAGUUAAUCGUUUUGGAUUUUUUUUAUUAUCUCAGAAUGAACCUUAAUCAGCCAACGUUAUCACAUUGCUCCGUAGCAUUAUUGAGGUUUCUCUCUAACGAACAUAUUGAUUAAUUGCAGGGUAAUGACGGUGCACCUGGCCCUGUCGGAAAUCCAGGUUUACAAGGAUCCAAGGUAAAAACUCACACUAUCUAGAAAACUACCAGUUACAUGAGUUUGUAAUCAGGCACAGUCAUUAUAGCCGUAAAAAGGCCAUUACAAGGAAGACUCUGGACAAAAGUGGACUUCACUGUAACGACAGUAACUUACAAAUGCACCCGUCUCUUCUUUUUUACUAUUAAAUGUUUCGCUUUUGUCAAGUUCCUUGGCAAAUAAAGGAACUAGACAACCUUGAUACACUCCCUUGAACUUUGCCUGGACGUCAUAGCCGAUUGUCCGAUGACCAAUUGUUAUUUGCGGCUCUUGAGCUUUGAACCUUCAGUGUACUAAAGGUAAAACAGUCAUCAGUUGUACUUGUUGGGGCUCGAGGCUUUUGCUUGUUUUUUUUUUUUUAUAUAAUUAUCAUUUUGACUUAUACAGGGCCAAGAUGGAACGGCAGGAGCUCCCGGAAAGCGAGGAGAGCGGGGGGAUACAGUAAGAGUUUUUAUUUUUAGCGAUGUCGUAAGCAAUUUGCUGUCUGUUUGCUUCUUAGCCUGGUUGGACAGAGGGGAGAAAAUUGUACUUUUCUUCCCACCCCCGCCUUCCAAUUUUUUUGUUCUCGCUCCAACUUUCGCGCAAGAACUUGAGCGAAAAAGCUUGAUAUGCAGGCUAUUUGCUUUUUUUUUCAGGAUAAUUGCAAAAGUACAAGGGUCAAUUAAGUUCAAGUUAAGCGUUUUUUUGGUCAAGCUGUCUGUCCAGCAAUGAUCUCAAACGUGAAAUGUCUGCGGACAAAUCUAAUUGGAGCGGGUGUGUGUCCGUGUCGAUAGUGCAACAGCGGAAACGCUUACGCUACCGCCAGAGAACAUGCAACAUUUAGCUCACUUUUUACCACACCUGGGGCUCGUUUCUCGAUAAAGUCCCGAUAAUUAACGGGCACGUAAAGCUGUUUUGGUUUACAUGCAAGAUAGAGGUUUCAAUAGUUUUGCAACUAACAUGAUUAAACUAUCAGUUAAUGAAACAAAAUGGAGUAGUUUGCUAGUCAGGACCCGCGCUCUUAUUCUUUAUAUUUCGAUUUGAAUAUUUGAUUUCGGUCCCGAAAAGUUACCGGGACUUUCGAGAAAGGGUCCUCUGGGCCGUAGUUCCCAUCUAAAAUAAAGAACGUAGCAACAUGAUUUUUAAACCGGAACUAAAACUACCGGAAGUGGAUGCACAGUCUGCAAAUGCUUCCCUGGCCUGUUACUGGACAGUACGUGUCCAGAAGGUCUUCCACGGUCCAGCUAUACGUUCCUUUUUUGUACUUGAAACUGCAAGUUGCAUUUGAAAUGCACUCUUUUCACUGAAUUAUAAUUUGCUUUGUUUUCGUUAGGGAAAUCGUGGAGCACCAGGAUCUAACGGAACACCCGGUCUUUCUGGAGCUGUGGUAUGUAUAAAAAUUUAUAGAUUUGCUUAUUUAGUCAUCCACACUUGAAAACGUUAAACAUUUUCAACAAAAGUUGUUAAUUGAAUUUUAAGUUUAUGUGACAAGGAAGCCUAACGAAGCUGGAUGAGAGUACCUUGAUGAGAACAGAGUGUACAGAAAUAUACAGAAUUAAGCCUCCCAUCGACAAUCGAAGAGAUAACUCUUCAGAAUUGUUUUUAUUUUCGAAACAAAUAUUGGAGGAGAGGUAGUUGGUGAAAUACGCAACCAAUAGCAGAUUCUUGAUCCACGGUAAAGGAUAUGGAAUUGCUUGAUAGCUGCAGUUACUCUAGCCGUUUUACCCUCUGGUAAAUGGCUCUUUCCCGUGGAGAAGCAACAUUUGCAAAGAUCGUGAAGUCAACCACUUUCAGGUGUAAAGGGGCUAUGACACGAGGAUAUUGCUGUUUUGGGUCAAUUCUCAAUUCUGUGCUGAAGUCAUUACUCAGUGCCUUUACCCCAUACAUAUAAUGCUCCUGUAGAGUAAUGAAGUUAGAUAGAGCGAUUUUCGUAUGACCUUGAAAAAUGGUCUCGGUAAGUGUUCGUUAUUUGUUUUAUCAGCCAAUGGAUGAAAAGAUCAAAGGCAUGGCCUCUUCGUUUUCCCGCCAAAGAAAACCCUAAUAUGGAGAAGGCAUUGUUCGAUUGGCCAAUCGUGUUCCAGUACGACGUCAAAGCGAAGUAUCGGUUGAUUUCUAGAAAGUUCUCUAGCAUGAAGUUUUUUUUCACCCGAGUGUUCGCUUAUCCAACCAAAAGCCACGCGCGUUUGUGUCCGUUCGAUAAACCAAUCAAAUAGCUCUAUUUCCGUUCGUUUGUUGUUUCUGUUUUGUUCGCGCGUUUUCAUUUCAAGGUCGCACGAAAAUCUCUCUAUCAAGCAUGAGACGCAGUGUUUCAUCACCAGAUGAAACACCGAGAAGAGAGUUGAAAACAAGACGCGCAGCGAAGUAUUUUUGACGAAUUUCGAGGUGUUUCAUCUGGUGCUGAAACGCUGUGUCGAAUGCUUGAUAUUGCCUCUCAAACAAAAUGAUUUUAGAAGGAGAAAUUAAGGAUGCAAGAAUGAGAAUUUUUUUAAAAAAAACUGAUUUCCAAGCAAUCAUUAAACAUUAAUUUCCUUUGUAUUUUCUUUAUGAAUUAUUAAUGAGUUUUAGAAGUAAGUGUAAGGGAGAAGUAACCCUAACAAUUUUCUAGUGCGUGUUUUUCAAGUUUUAAUCCAUUUCCAUCCUCUGCCGAAUACGACAUGAUUCAGUUUCAAUGCCUAAAUAUAGUCUUAGCUAACAAAACUAACGCCUAGUCCAAACGUCAAAAUUUUCAUGAGACGAACCAAACUCCAAUUUGGAUUAAGUUAAGAGCGUCUGUUGGGUCAGACGUCGAACUUAGGACGUGUCGAACCAAUCAACUCUGAAUCAGACCAAAAAGAAAUUUUAAUUCAUUAUUUUUCUCCCAAACGAGGCAAAAUAUACAUUAUCAUACAAAUUUUUAAUUUUUUAGUUUAGUUCGCCGUAUUUGCGUGUGAAGAUCGACGUUCGUCCCGGAGACGAUCUUCAGACGUUCUAUAUGUCUGAAGCAGACGAACAGAACGUGUUGGACGAUCCAAACUCAUUUAGACGAACUUAACUGAGCCAGACGUCGAACUUUUCAUGAACUUAACACACUUAGUUUGCAGGUUCGUCUAAUGAAAAGUUCGACGUUUGACCUAGGCCUAAGCCAUUAAUUUUGAAAUUCGUUUGAUGCGAGAAAAGGUUUAGCUUUUAAAAAGUUGGCAAAUAGUUUUACAUAGCCCAUUUAAUGUACUGUGUUCGUGUUGUAGGGACCAGCUGGCGGAGAAGGCGCGCCUGGCGGCAAAGGCAACCCUGGAGAAAAGGUACUGAUAAGUUGGACAAAUUUUCGUUAUACAUUGAGGAAUUGUAUCCUCUUGAUAUUACCAUAGAUUUCAACCAUUUGGCUGACAAAAACGCUUACUGGAUUUCCUUUUUUAACCUCUUUAGGGAAGUAAGGGAGAUGUCGGUGAUUUCGGCACCAAGGGAGAGGCAGGAGAUUUGGUGAGUAUUUUUCAUAAUAGUGACCAAAGGAAAACUUCACACUCACACAAAACAAGUUUCCUUUUGUAGAAUCCAAAGCAAUUAGUAGUACUAUCCAAAAGUACUGCCUAAGAAGUUUUAUUUGAAUGGUAACACCAUGGGAUUUUAUCCACAGACUCAAGAGUUAGAACUACAUACUAAAUAAAUAGUACCAUGUGAAAGUACUGCUGAAGAGGUUUUAUUUGAAUGGUAACACCAUGGGAUUUUAUCCACAGCGUCAAAAAUUUGAGCUACAAACUAUAAAUAGUAUAGUGCCAUGUUAAAGUUCUGCUCAAGAGGUUUCAUUUGAAUGGUAUCAACCAAGGAAUUCGUCCACAGAUUUACAAGUUAGAGUAAUAAAAUAAUAUUCUUGUCACAACGUUUUCUUGGGGUGAAAGGGUAAAUAAUAAUUCUCUUGUUCUAAAAGGACAAUUGUAAAGGUUAGAGUUGUUUAUGUGGUUAGGAGAUAUUAAUUGUCAUGCAUCAUUAUUUCUUUCGUAAUGUGGAUACCAUUUUUGGGAAUUAUUAAAGUUUUCUUUAGUUAUCAUCAAAUUCACAAUAAUGUGUAUUGUUUAGGGAACUGUUGGACUUGGUGGAGAGAAAGGCUCACCUGGAGUUCCGGGAUCUGUUGUAAGUAAAAACAAAAAAGUCCAGUAAAUAAAAUAAAGGCUACAUUGUAUGUUAUAAUUGCCAAUAUACCGAAAAAAAAAAAGAAAUGGUAAAAAUGGGGCACACUGUCCGAGCAGUCUCAGACGUGGAAGACUUAAAAACAGUCGAACUUAGCUCCGUGUACAAAGUACCUCUCAUAUGCGACUGCGUUUUGGAACUCCAAUUUUUAGUCAAUCCGAACCAAGUUGGAACCUCUCGCAAACGACCUCCUCUAGUGAGCGACUUCUGUCCAUUGUUUUUAACUUCCUGUGAGAAACCCCCAAUUGACGCAUGGUUUGGUCUCUGUGUGUACUUACUACGCUAUUUUAACUCAAAUUAAACCAAAACUUUUAAUGACAACAUAGAAAUACACCCGCCUUGAGUUAGAAUUAUCAAGAAUCAAAUAAUUAUCUUCCAGAAAGUAGAUCAUUUACCUGUAUGUCGAGACCAUUUAUCGGAAAAGUCACGCUGUAGUUCAAAUCUCGUAAGCAACCACCUCCGAUAAUUGACCACUAAAUCUUCGCAUUUUGGGUGGUCGCUUACAAGAGGUUGAACUGUAGUUGUUCUUUGGUAUCUUUUCCCACUUAAAAUGAUUAACACGCAUUCAAUUGGACAUUUAUACUUUCGGGUUAUAGUGUGUUAAGUUUUCCACGAUCUAGCCAAAAGAAGGAUUUUCGAUUUUUUCCCCUAUCCCACUGGCCUAAAACUCCAAGUUCUCAGGGUUGUCAACUAAUUUUGUUUUAUAUUAUCUGACAGGGUAACAGAGGACCUCCAGGCACACCUGGCCUGCCUGGAACCCAGGGCCCUCCGGUGAGUAUCUGCUUAUUAGGGCGCAUUUCGGUGCAUUCCGUUGUUAAAAUGAAGUUUUCCUUGUAGGAAGGCAGAGUGUCCAAGCGAAUAGAACAUUGGAAAUGUAAUCCGGAGGCCCCGACUUCAAAUCGCGUCCGGCUCUUUAGAGGGAUUUGAACUCAGUAAUACUGAAUUAAGCUCUUCGGCUGCGCUUGUAAAAGAGGAGGGGCGGAGUGCUUUGCCUCCUGCCAGUUGGAAUUCGUAACUCUGUUUUGUUAAUUUGAGUUACUGUAUAUACUUUUUUUACUCCCUCCCUAAGGUGUCCAUAAGCCCUUUGGUCGCUACCCAUGGACUUGAUAAUCUCGUUUAUCAUCUGUCUCACGGAAGUCACUUUGUUAUGCAUGGAUAGCGAAUCUCGACCGCAUACCGUUGGUCUUUGUGAACACCAGAGGAAACCGGGUCUCGUCAAUCUGCCACAAUUUUUGUCUUUCUUUCCUCCAUUUAACCUGUUUAUGCUGUAGCUCUCCCGUCAGUGUUCCCAAUUUUCCUACCAGGAUUUCGUACACUGGGGUGCACAGGACCCAUAGAGAAGCCAAAAGGGGGUCAUGAGGGAAAAAAGCAGGUCACAAUUUUUAGAUACAGUUUAACUAAACGUUUUCACGGGUCUGAGUCUUAGAUAAUGAUGGGUGUUUUCUAAAGACGCCAUAACCAAUUAAAUUUUGGCUUAUAUUAUGAGGAAAUGUACGUAUGUGUACGUAUGCUUACGUACGUUUUGUAAUAGUUUUUUUUUUCUUUCUUUGCGCCCCUGGGACCCCUUGGGCUAAUUAUAGUGUAGCAUUUCCCGAAA